ACGCCCCUCCUUUUUGCCACUGCCCCUCCCCUCUUUCUAAAAAAAUAAUUGUUCCCCCUCCCUGUUUAGGGCUGUGUCACCGAGCGAGAGCAGAAGCCGCUGAGUUGGGGAGUUAGAGACUAGCAAAGCGUCGCUGCUGCUGUUCCCCCUCCUCUUCCCGCCCCCCGUGGAAAGGAGCUAUGGCUGCCACCGGGGUGCUCCCCUUCAUCCGGGGGGUCGAUCUCAGCGGGAACGACUUCAAGGUAAGUCCUGGGCCCCGAGAGGAAGAGAGGAUCGCCUGCCUUCCGUGGCCGGCGGGGAGAGCCGGAAGGCAGGCAGGCAAGCAAGGAGGGAGGGAGGCCGGCCUGGCCUGGCGGGGCUGCGGCUAAUUUUAGACUUUCGCUCAUCCCACCCUCCUGGCCGGGGCGUGGAAGCCUGAAACAAUGCCUGUUCCUGUCUAGGACUAAGGCCCUAGUCCUCAGGACGUGGGGUGGGGCGGAGGGCGACGAGCACACUUGGCAAGAUCCUUUUUUUUGCGCUGUGGCAGAAUCAGCUCUCGCCGGGUCAGCUUCCUGAGUCACACAGAGUUCUUCGUCGUCGUAACGUUCUAGAAGAGACUGUGCUAUUAUUGGCCAUUCGUGAUGCUGCUGAUGAUGAUAACGACAAUAAUAAUAAUAAUAAUAUUCUGAACGGCCUCGGUCCUGUAUACCUGAAGGAGUGUCUCCACCCCCAUCGUUCAGCCCGGACACUGAGAUCCAGCUCCGAGGGCCUUCUGGCGGUUCCUUCAUUGCAAGAAGUGAGGUUAAAGGGAACCAGACAGAGGGCCUUCUCUGUAGUGGCACCUGCCCUGUGAAACACCCUCCCUUCAGAUGUGAAGGAAAUAAGCAGCUAUCUUAUUUUUAAAAGACAUCUGAAGGCAGCCCUGUUUAGGGAAGUUUUUAAUAUUUAAUGCUGUAUAUGGGCGGGGUAUAAAUAAUAAAUUGUUGUUAUUAUUAUUAUUUAUAAUCCGCCCAUCUGGCUGGGUUUCCUCAGCCACUCUGGGCGGCUUCCAGCAAAAUAUAAAAUACAAUAAUUAAUCAGAUAUUAAAAGCUUCCCUAAACAAGGCACCCUUCAGAUGUCUUCUAAAAGUCAGAUACAGUGGACGCUCGGGUUGCGAACGUUCCGGUACUUCCGGGUUUUGGCGGGUCCGUAACCAAAAAAAAAACGCAGCCUGAAGCUCUGUAACCCAAGGUAUGACUGUACAGUAGUUAUUUCCUUGACAUCUGGUGGGAGGGUGUUCCACAGGGCGGGCGCCACCACCGAGAAGGCCCUCUGCCUGGUUCCCUGUAACUUUGCUUCUAGCAGGGAGGGAACCGCCAGAAGGCCCUCAGAGCUGGAUCUCAGUGUCUGGGCUGAACGAUGGGGGUGGAGACGCUCCUUCAGGUAUACUGCAUUUAUAGCCCACCUUUUUCUCCCAAGGUGGCAUAGAUGGCUCUCUCUCCCUGCCACACAAACACACUCCCCACAAACCCCCAGUGAGGUAGGCUAGUCCGAGAGGCAGCGAUUGAUCGCCCCAGUGAGAGCUUCAUGGCCGAAGGGAAUAUUUGAACCCUGCUCUCUCCCAGGUUUGAUGCUUGAUAACGCUGGUUUGUACGCAAACGCACACACAAAACGCCCAGAUUAUAAGAAAAUGGGGGGGACAGGUCUCAAUGAAAUCCAUAAACUCCCCCCACCCAGUUUUUAGGUGAAUCAUUAUUAGAUUAUUAAAUGUAUAUACCGCCCCAUACCUGUAGGUCUUAGGGUGGUUAACCUGAUAAAAUCAUGUCCCCACCCUCCCCAGUCACCUGCAGACAGGGGAAGACAAAAGCGGUUUGAGCCCACCAUGGGCUGGCCUUUCCCUGGAGCUUUGCAAAGCCAGAAAAUGAUCAUAACAGUUGGAAGGGACCCUGAGGGUCAUCCAGUCCAACCCCCUGCAAUGCAGGAAUCUCAACUAAAGCACCCACCUCAAAACCCCCUUUUCCAUGGGUACGUCUUUCGCCACAUCUCUCUGCUUUUGUGUGUGUGUAUUUGUGUUGCAUAGUGGAAAUGUGGCUGAUUUUCGCUCAGUAGGGUCGCCAGACCUCCAGGUGUGGCCUGAAGUCUCCACGACUGCCUGGUCCGCUACAGGUGUCAAGGGGAGGGCGAAAGUACCUUUAAUUAAUAAUAAUAAUAAUAAUAAUAAUAAUAAUAUAGUAAGAAGUCUGUGCAUACAGUUUACAAGCUUCAGCCCAGCAGGAGGAGGCUGCAAAUGAUAGCACAGCCACUCUAUAAUAGUAAUAAUAAUAAUUUAUUAUUUAUACCCCGCCCAUCUGGCUGGGCUUCCCCAUCCACUCUGGGCGGCUUCCAACAAAGUAUUAAAAUACAGUAAUCUGUUAAACAUUAAAAGCUUCCCUAAAGAGGGCUGCCUUCAGAUGUCUUCUAAAAGUCUGGUAGUUGUUGUUCUCUUUGACAUCUGGUGGGAGGGCGUUCCACAGGGCGGGUGCCACCACCGAGAAGGCCCUCUGCCUGGUCCCCUGUAACUUGGCUUCUCGCAGGGAGGGAACCGCCUGAAGGCCCUCAGCGCUGGACCUCAGUGUCCGGGCAGAACGAUGGGGGUAGAAACACUCCUUCAGAUAUACUGGACUAAGGCCGUUUAGGGCUUUAAAGGCCAGGGCCAACACUUUGAAUUGUGCUCGGAAACGUACUGGGAGCCAAUGUAGGUCUUUCAAGACCAGUGUUAUAUGGUCUCGGUGGCCACUUCCAGUGGAUUAGUUGUAGUGGGGGGUGGGGUGGGGUCUGCGCUCUUCUCUUCCCCUCUCCCAAUUAACCUCCGUCUCCAAGGUCCACCUCUUGGUCUCAGGUUGGGACCCUGAAAUCUCAGGGUCUGCGAUGCUCCCGGCGUGGCAACCCUACUCCUACACCCAGUGUCAGAAAUAUGCCAGGCACGUUUUGCGACUGGCACAGGUCCACUUGCAAUUGUGUGGGGGAUCGCCAGGUGGGCAAUUGAGGAAAGCAAAAUGUCAGAAGUAUUUUCCCUGCAGCUUGAAUUUGAUUUAUUCUGAAUUGUGUUAUUUGAGGUUUUAAUACGUUGUCAGCUGCUUUGAGGUUUGUUCUUUGCAAUGGAAAGCGACAUAGAAAUGAAUAAGAAUAAAUUUCACUGAAAAAAGGCGCUGAGACAUUUCAUUGCGGCAACCGUAGCCUAGGUUUAAGGUGCCGUUUGGCGAUUAGAUUAUAUAUCUGAGUUUCUAACACUGCCUACUGCCUACAAGUCGCCUCUUUGCAAAACUUGCCUCCUUGCUUAAUUUUUGCACAAUGCUGACUAGCAAACAAUUGCCUCUUCUAAUGAAUAUUUGAUUUUAAAAAGAGAAUCCAGGCUCCUCGUUAUUAGACGUAGCAAUGUCAUAUUGCUGUCAGUGUAUCUAGCGCUUUAUAACAACAUAGGAAAACCUGUGUUGGAUCGAAACCCUCUGCUGAAUGUAGGAUCCGCAGUGCUGAAAUACCGUACUUUUCAGUGUAUAAGACGAGGGGUUUUUUAUUUUAAAAAUCAUGUUUAAAAUUGGGGGUCGUCUUAUACACGGAUAGUGGCUGGGGGGAUGUGGGAUUGGUUCCUGCUGCAAGCUGGAAAUGGUCAGCCGCUAUUGGGCGUGUUAUUGGUGGCUGCGUCAAGUGCUGGUGUUGAUUGGCUGUCACUGUGUUUAUUGGUCGGGCGAUCGGCGUCUUCUGCCAGCGUUGGGACAGACGAUAAGUGCCUUUUGCGACACCUGCGACAAUCCCCACUGAAAAAAGCUCAGCAACUCUGCCCCACCUCAAAAAACUCAGCAACUCUGGGCAAUCCCCCCCCCAUUUUCUUAAAUUGAAGUCCCCAAAAUACAGUGGUACCUCGGGUUUAAGUACUUAAUACAUUCCGGAGGUCCGUUCUUAACCUGAAACUGUUCUUAACCUGAAGCACCACUUUAGCUAAUGGGGCCUCCCGCUGCCACCACGCUGCCGGAGCACGAUUUCUGUUCUCAUCCUGAAGCAAAGUUCUUAACCUGAAGCACUAUUUCUGGGUUAGUGGAGUCUGUAACCUGAAGCGUAUUUAACCUGAAGCAAUGUAACCCGAGGUACCACUGUAGUCUUAUACAUGGGGGUGUGUUAUACACGGAAAAAUACGGUACUUUGCACCUGUGAAUUGCACCAGUGUCAGAGCACCCUAGGAAACACCUGGGCAAGAGGACUAGUUGCUCCUUCAUAUCCCAGAGGCAGGAGGAACCCUGUGCCGCCCAAAUGCUACUGGAAGCCUGUGGCCAAAACCUGCAAUUUACUUAUGUGUUCCCAUCCUUUUUUAAAGUUGCAUGUUCAUCGCUUUGAUUUCUUCCCAUUUGCUAAUGCGGUGACUCAUACCUGUAAAUAUCAACUGAAUCAAUAGACAGCACACGGUUCUGAGGCAGUGUGUCAAGGCAGGCUUGAUCUGUGAUGGUUCAUCGGUGCAAACAAAUAAUUGCUUGAGCAUUUGAAGAGGCUCUCAUUGCAAGCCGUCCAACCAUUUUCUGUCUGCUCUGACCAGUGGCAGCUCUCCAGGUUGUUGAGCAGAGAGAGGACCUUCUCCUUGCCGUACUAUCUGAAGCCCAUAAUAAUAACAAUAAAAAAUACAAUAUAUUAUAUUAUAUUAUAUUAUUACAGUGGUACCUCUGGUUGCGAACGGGAUCUGUUCCAUAGGCCCGUUCGCAACAUGAAAAGAGCGCAACCUGAAGUGCCGUAUCUGCACAGGUGCGCGGUGUGAUUUGGCACUUCUGUGCAUGCGCAAGCGGCAAAACCCAGAAGUUUCGGUACUUCCGGGUCGCCAUGGGACAUAACCUGAAAGAACGUAACAUGAAGCAAACAUAACAUGAAGUAUGACUGUAUAUUAUAUUAUAUUAUAUUAUAUUAUAUUAUAUUAUAUUAAUUUAUACAUACAUACUCUGCCCAUCUGACUGGGUUUCCCCAGCGACUCUGGGUGGCUUCCAACAAAAGAUUUAAAAUACAUUAAAACAUACAUUGGCUCCCAGUACGUUUCCGAGCACAAUUCAAAAUGUUGGUGCUGACCUUUAAAGCCCUAAACGGCCUCGGCCCAGUAUACCUGAAGGAGCGUCUCCACCCCCAUCGUUCAGCCCAGACACUUAUGUCCAGCGCUGAGGGCCUUCUGGCGGUUCCCUCCCUGCGAGAAGUGAGAUUGCAGGGAACCAGGCAGAGGGCCUUCUCGGUAGUGGCACCCACCCUGUGGAACGCCCUCCCACCAGAUGUCAAAGAGAUAAACAACUACCUGACAUUUAGAAGACAUCUGAAGGCAGCCCUGUUUAGGGAAGUUUUUAAUGUGUGGCAUUUUAAUGUAUUUUUAAUAUUUGUUGGAAACUACCCAGAGUGGCUGGGGAGGCCCAGCCAGAUGGGUGGGGUACAAAUAAUAAAUUAUUAUUAUUAUUAUUAGUCAUUAAAAACUUCCCUAAACAGGGAAUGGCUUAAGAAGGAUGGUUGUGAAUUGGUGAGGUCUCGUUCCUGUUCAUUUUAUUCAAAGAAGUUGUACCCUGCCUUUCAGACAGAAAGGGGUGCAGAUUGAUAAAAACAGUAGAAUCCCUGCCCUGCCCAGACUUACAACCUGAGUAGACAUGACAGAAAAGGAAAAGGGGAUAGAGGAGGAAAAUAAGCCAGCUUUUCAGCCAGAACGCUAAUUUACAAAUAAAUAAAUGUUGCAGAACACUCUUUCUGUCUCCCCUCCAUCCAUCCACUUUCCAUUUCUAUAUUUGCAAUUUUGUUUGUCUUUCCCCGACUUUUGUGUGGCUGCCCUCGAGCUGGCAAUAACGUUUGAGUCAUAUUUGGUAAUGAGCUGUGUUUUUUUGGGUGUGUUUCUUCGCUUUGAGAUAGGGUUGGAGGCUGAGAAUGUUCUUGCAGUGACACGCAGGCCCAGCUCAUAAACCGUGAUCUAACUAACCUGUGAACAGCAAGUGUGCAAGUGAUCUGUGCUGGAAAGAAUUUGGAUCUCUGUCACCCCCUCCUCAAUAUCUAAAACACUGUCCCUGCCAUCUAGUUGCAAGAUUGUGGAGCGACUCCGCCAGGGAGGAACGCUGCAGCGUUUGGGGUUUUAUAGUUUAGAGAAAAGGCAAGCAACAUAUAUCGUAUUUUUCGCUCCAUAAGACGCACCUAGUUUUUAGAGGAGGAAAACAAGAAAAAAAAUAUUCUGAACGAAACAGUGGAUGUAUGAUUUUUGUGGUUCAUGCUGUGGCCACAGACAUGAUAUGUGAUUUGAUGGUGAGUUUGGGGUAGCCCAAUGCAAAAAUCCUGAGGAUCCAUGUGGAUCCGUGCUUUGUAACGACGUUUUUGCACCAUUGCGGCCUCACGAAACAGUGGAUGCGUGGUUUUUUUGGUGCAGGCUGUAGCCAUGUAGAUGCUAUGUGAUCUGAUGGUGAAUUUGGGGUGACCCAAUGCAGCGGCUCUUGCUGGCUUUCCAUUGAGCCGGAAGGAGGGACAGAGGGCAGCCCGUCAGUCCCUUCUCCCGCCUGCAUUCGCUCCAUAAGAUGCACACACAUUUCCCCUUACUUUUUAGGAGGAAAAAAGUGUGUCUUAUGGAGUGAAAAAUACGGUAAUUAUGCAUGGCAUGCAGAGAGUCUACAGGUAAAAGGAUCUCUCUCUCGUAACACAAAACUCAUGGGUAUCCAAUAAAGCUCAGAGAUGGAAGAUUCAGGAUAGCCCUUCAUGCAGGGCCUAGUUGAACUAUGGAACUCACUUUCACAAGAGGCAGUGAUUGGGCAAAUUCGUGGAGGAGAAGGUGAUCAAUGGCUACCAGCAAAGUACUCUGGCUUCUACAGGAGGAAAGACUUCUGUGUGCUCAGGUCCUGCUUCUUGCAGGUUUCCCAGAGGCAAUUGCUUCUGGCCUUCUGCUCCUCGGGUCUAAUAAUCCCUACCCCUGGAAUCAUAGAAAUGUACAGGUGUUUUUUUAUAAAUUCAUUUUUAUUAAAUUUUCCACUUUAACAAUCCAAUCAAAUCACAUUAAAUACUCCAAAUUAUACAUAUACAUAUCAAAUAAUCCAAAUAUUCUGCCAGAUUAUAAUUUUUUUAAUAGGACUUCCCAUGCUUCAAGUUCAGAGGGGUCUGAUCAUCUCAUAUCUCAUAUGCUUUUCAUAGUCAUUUCCAAUGGUUUCCCUAAUUCUUCCUGUUGUUAACCUUCCUUCUUUCACGGCCUCUGAGUUGUUCUCAAAAGCGAGUUAUAACAAGCAAUGAUGUGUUUCUGUGUGGAUUUUAUGUCUGUGAUUCCCCUCUAUAAAUUUGCAGCAUCUCCUCACACGCUGGUGUUUCUGCCGAAUCAAUCCAAAGGUCUUUUUCGCAGCUGGUAGCUGCCAUCUUACCUCAGUUCCGAUGAAAUCAAGUCUAAGCGUCUGCUCAUUAAUUUCCCCAGACCGGUUGCAUCAAACAUUAGCCUUUCCAGGGGAGGUUUACCAAAUCAAACUGGAAAUACAGUGGUACCUCGGGUUAAGUACUUAAUUUGUUCUGGAGGUCCAUUAUUAACCUGAAACUGUUCUUAACCUGAAGCACCACUUUAGCUAAUGGGGCCUCCUGCUGCCGCUGUGCCGCCGGAGCCCGAUUUCUGUUCUUAUCCUGAAGCAAAGUUCUUAACCUGAAGCACUAUUUUUGGCUUAGUGGACUGUGUAACCUGAAGCGUAUGUAACUUGAAGCGUAUGUAACCUGAGGUACCACUGUACAAAUAUAAUGACAUAUCGAAGGCUCACCUCCCCCUAGGAAUUAUAGAAUUGUAGAGUUGGAGGGACAUCUAGUCCAGGGGUUGGCAAACUUUUCCACCGGCGGGGACUGACCGAGCGGGUGGCAAGGGCCAGCAGGGGUGGUUUAAUGACCCCCUUGGGCCAUAUCCAGCUCACAGGCCGUAGUUUGCCGACCCCUGAUCUAGUCCAACCCCUGCAAUGCUGGGAUCUUUUUGCCCAAUGUGGGAUUCGAACCCACAACCUUGAGAUCAGGAGUCCCUGUUCUAGAGCAUAACUAAGUCUCUGUCUCCUGUGUCCCCCCCCCUCCCUUCCUACAGGGCGGUUAUUUUCCGGAGCACGUCAAGUCGAUGACCAGCUUGCGAUGGCUGAAGCUGAACCGCACCGGCCUCUGCUACCUCCCUGAGGAGCUGUCUUCCCUCCAAAAGCUGGUGAGGAGCUUGCCCUGGCCGGCAGCUCAGGAAUGGAUGGGGCUUUUCUGCUGACUGGGGAGCAUUGGGAAUUUCUCGAGAGGGGUUGGGGAACCCAGGCAGAGCUAGGAAAAGGGAAGGGGAGGCGAGAGCAGCUAAAACGGGUGGGUUGCUCUUUCCGUUUCAGAAAAGGGAAAAUGUGUGCCAAAUGUGCAAGGUUGGAAGGACAAGGCUUUGGGCUCAGGUUUCGUUGCUCAAGGAACAAGGGUAUGGAGACCCCACACGGGGGACUUUGCCAAAUGCAAAGCAGGUCUGGGUCUGAGUAGGGGGCCACCUGGGAAUUGUGCAUGCCUUCUUCUUAUGUGGCGUUUAUUUAUGUUUUUGACAAUUCACACAAUGCUUGAAUGCAGUCCCUGUGUCUGUUCACAGCCAGCUGAACAACUGCAGCACACAAAACACUACCAAACCAUUCUACGUUCUAAAUCUUAUAUUAAUAAUCCAAAAAUUGAGAGAACAAGGUACAAGAUCCACUACAGAAGCCACAAACAAAAAAAACUCAUUCAAAUUGUGUCCAAAAGGAAGAUUCAGCCUUUAAAGGUCCUUUAGCCAGGCUCCUGUAGAUCUCCACAAAGGUAAGUUUGAUCAAACAAAGUCGAAUGGUUUGGUAGUGUUUUGUGUGCCACUUAUGUGCUGCUUACUUCAUACUGGUCUACUACGAGAAUUGGCAGCACAUGUUCAUUUCUUCAGCUGAACAAUUGCAGCAAAUUGUAGAGUUGGGAGGGACCACCAAAUGUCAUCUAGUCCAACCACACCCACCCACCCCUGCAAUGCAGGAAUCUCAACUAGAUCCUCCAUGAAAAUGGCCACCCAACCUCAGCUCAAAAACUUCCAAGGAAGGCAAGUCCACAAACCUCACCUGUUGUGCUUUCUUUCUUUCUUUCCAAACAGGAACAUCUCUCUGUGAGCCACAACAGCCUCACCACUCUCCACGGAGAACUCUCUGGCCUACCUUGCCUCCGGGUAAAGUUCCAAAUGCUUUUUGAAAUCCUCGUGUUUGUUGCUCAGAAGCCCUGCUAGCUCAGAACAUUGCAGCUGGCCUGCUCCUCGUACAGUGGUACCUCUGGAUAGGAAAGGGAUCCGUUCCGGAGCCCCAUUCGCAUCCUGAAGUAAACGUAACAUGCGACUGCACAUGCGCGGUUCGCGGUUCGCUGCUUCCAUGCAUGCGCGUGACGUCCUUUUGGGCGUCUGCACAUGCAUGAGCAGCGAAACCUGGAAGUAAUGUGCUCCAUUACUUCCGGGUCGCCACAGAGCACAACCCGAAAAUACAGUGGUACCUCAGGUUACAGAUGCUUCAGGUUACAUACGCUUCAGGUUACAUACUCUGCUAACCCAGAAAUAGUACCUCGGGUUAAGAACUUUGCUUCAGGAUGAGAACAGAAAUUGUGGAGUAGCGGUGCAGCGGCAGCGGGAGGCCCCAUUAGCUAAAGUGGUGCUUCAGGUUAAGAACAGUUUCAGGUUAAGAACGGACCUCCGGAACAAAUUAAGUACUUAACCUGAGGUACCACUAUACUUAACUUGAAGCUACUUCAAUCCGAGUUAUGACUGUAUUCAUCUUCUCCUCUCUGAUGGCUCUGGUUUCGGUCCUGUCAAAUGUCUGUAACCGUUAGCCAGCCAUUCAAAUACAAAAAAACCCCCCACAAACCACCUCUUAAUUGCGGCCUCGGAAGAACAAAAGGGGCAAGUUAAGAACGUACGUUGAGCCUGCUGGAUCUGGCCUAAGGCCCACGCAGUCCAGCGUCCUGUUCUCAAGGCAGCCAACCAAAUGCCUGUGGGAAACUCAUAGGUAGAACUUGAUCACAAGAGCAAAACUCUUUCCACCUGCAGCUGUCGGCAGCUGGUCUUAAAAGCCUUGCUGCCUCCAAUAUUGAAGGCUGUAGUAGCCAUUGAGAGCCUUGUCCUCUGUGAAUUUGUCCAUCCCCUUUUAGAGCUAGCGGCUGUAGCAGGUCUAAGAGAUACUACAACGCUCAGAUAUAUUGCCAUCUGUUCAGUAAUGGAUUUAACAGACCCGCCGAUCCUCAAGGAAGAUCAGUACAGUCAUACCUCGGGUUACAGAUGCUUCAGGUUGCGUUUCUUCAGGUUGUGGAUCGCUGAAACCCGGAAGUACCGGAACGGGUUAAUUCUGGGUUUCAGCGGUUGCGCAUGCGCAAAAGCGCGAAAUCGCUCUUUGCGCAUGCGCAGAAGCGCCGAAUCGCAACACGCACGUGCACAGACGCGGGUUGCUAAUGCUGUUGGUUGUGAACGUGCAUCCUGCACGGACCACGUUCACAACCCGAGCGUCCACUGUAUCGUCAUACUUUUUAUUUGUACCUCACCCAUCUGACUGGGUCACCACAGCCCCUCUGGGCCCCAAAGGGUCUCUAGAAAUUGGCCAGGAAACUGCUAUAUGCAUUCCCCAGGCCCCUGUUAGGAUUUACAGCAGAAAGACACAUAGAAUCAUAGAAUUGUAGAGUUGGAAAGGACCUAGUCGAAGCGAUGUGGGAGUCUUUCACCCAAUGUGGGGCUCAAACCCACGACCCUGAGACCGAUUGCAAGGACAGCACCUCUCCUUGAAGGGAGCUUUUAGCAAAUCUGCGCACCUAUAAUGUUAAAAAUGGGACAACAAAAUGCUCUUUGGUACUUGGGUAUUGUUAGAAAAUCGAGCGAUGACGUGCAUUUGUUAGGGGGAGACCACAUUAGGCUCAGUAAGUAUGGUAAAUGUGGUCCGUGAAGCCGAUAUCUUUUAUUCGGAGUGAUAGACUUGGUGGUCUGGUUCAGGUGCUAUAAAUAUAAUACUUGUAUCCUUGUUAUUUCUUCCUGACCUCUUUCAACACUCCUCUAGGCCAUUGUUGCUCGUGCCAACUGCCUGAAGAACUCUGGGGUUCCUGAUGACAUCUUCCAGCUCGACGACCUCUCUGUGUUGGUAUGUUUGGGCCCAAUUGCUCCGUGGCUGCGAUGGGCACAUUGGUGUAACGGUUCGGGGUCACAGGGGGUCGAAGACCCAUUACUAUUUCUGCAGACGGGUCUCUGCGUUUUAGCCACUGAGAAGACGUCUUCUUCCCUUUGUGCCGAUUGAAGCCAAUCAAAGUGAGAAGAGGCGAGUUGGACACUCAGGAUUGGCUCCUAGCUGCGUGGGAAGAACUUGAGGCCAUUGCAAAAAGCAAGGGGUUUGCUUUCCUUGAGCUCUUUAGAUCAAGGAAGAUGAUGAUGAUGAUGAUGAUGAUGAUUUAUUAUUAUUAUUUAUACCCCGCCCUCCCCAGCCAAGGCCAGGCUCAAGGCGGCUAACAAGCAAUAAUAAAAACAAGUUGAAUGAAUACAACUUAAAAACAAGAUUAAAAUACAACAUUAAAAUAUUGAAACAUUAAAAUAUUAAAAUGCAGCCUCAUCACAGGAGGAGAAAGGUAAAAGAAAAAAGAAAGAGGGGGAGGGAAUCAAAUUGGCUCCGAGCCAAAGGCCAGGCAGAACAGCUCUGUCUUACAGGCCCUGCGGAAAGAAAUCAGAUCCUGCAGGGCCCUGGUCUCAUGAGGCAGAGCGUUCCACCAGGCCGGAGCCAGAGUUGAAAAGGUGCUGGCUCUGGUUGAAGCCAAUCUAACUGCCUGAGGGCCCGGGACCACUAGGGUGUUGCUAUUUAUGGACCUUGAGGCUCUCCGUGGGGCAUACCGGGUGAGGCGGCCCCAUAGGUACGAGGGUCCUAGGCUGUGAAGAGCUUUAAAGGUCAAAAUCAGCACCUUAAAUCUGACCCUGUACUCCACCGGGAGCCAGUGCAGCUGGAAAAGCACUGGGUAAAUAUGCUUCCAUGGCAGAGACCCCGACUGACUGAUUGAUUGAUUGAUUGAUUGAUUGAUAAUAAUAAUAAUAAUGCUUGAUUGAUGCAGUUUGUGAGUCGCCACCUAUCUUGCUAAUUGCAAGCUUAUUUAUGAAUUACUAUUCAAAUCUUCUGACCCCUGGGAAGCUUGAACACCUUUGGGGCAGCUGCUGGUCAGCCCAAAUGCAGAGGUCCUCCUUUGAUUCAUCUCUCCUUGUUUUGUCUUAGGACCUGAGCUACAACCAGCUGACGGAGUGUCCCCGGGAGCUUGAGAACGCCAAAAACAUGCUUGUGCUGAACCUGAAACAUAACAGGUAAGUUUGGGGGUGAAUUUCCUCCCUGGAAAAUGGGCAGAAAACAUUUGGGUCUUCCCAGGAGGGCCGAGUGUGUUGGGAGUGGUUGGUUCACAUUUCUAUAAAAUGGGGGUGUUAAGAACAUAAGAGUAACCUGGUGGAUCAGGCCCGUGGCCCAUCUAGUCCAGCUUCCUCUUCUCACAGUGGCCAACCGGAUGCCCCUGGGAAACAAGCAGAACCUGAGAGCAAAGUACAUCCCCUGCCCCACCCCCCUAAAUAACUCUAGUUUCCAGUAACUGGUGUGACAAACUAUGUGUCUAAACCAACAUGUGUGUCCAGCACUCACACGUAUUCAUACGCAUGCUACCAAGAUGUUCAGGAUCUUUUGCUAGAGUUAUGACGUGUGUCUGCUAUGAAUAUGCAUUUUCCCUUAGUCUCUUUUAUACAUACCGUAUUUUUCGCUCCAUAGGACGCACUUUUUCCCCUCCAAAAAUGAAGGGGAAAUGUGUGUGCAUCCAAUGGAGCGAAUGCAGGCUUUCGCUGAAGUCUGGAGAGCGAAAGGGGUCGGUGCGCACCGACCCCUCUCGCUCUCCAGGCUUCAAGAAGCUAUCCGCAAGCCUUCGGAGCGUGGCGGGAGUUCCGGGCUGCGCACCCCGGGCUUCGGGCAGCUAUCCGCAAGCCUUCGGAGCGCUCCCCCAGCCCGCAAGCUCCAGGAGCGACGGCAAGGCUGUGCAACCUUGCCUCCGCUCCCGGACCUGUGCUGGGGUCGGGGGAAGCUCGGACUUCCCCCGCCCCAGCCCCGCGACUAAAAACGAAGCCUCGUGCAGCCUCUCCCAGUUGUGCGUGGCUAAAGAGGAAGCCAAGACAGACAGCAGGAUGGAUCCCGCUGGCUGUCUUGGCUUCUUUGCUCUGUGGGGCUGGGGAGGGGGAUAAUUUUUUUCCCUUUAUUUCCCCCCCUAAAAACUAGGUGCGCCCUAUGGUCCAGUGCGCCCUAUGGAGCAAAAAAAAAUACACACACACACACACAUACUUUUUUUAUUGGUUUUACAUGAAUUUGUACAUAACAACUUUAACCAUUCCAGUACAUUAAAAUAAAAAGGUUCUUUCAAACCUUCAGACCUCCUCCCUUCCCUCCAUGGGUUCCAUUUUCAAAGAAAGUUUUCUUUUCUUCUUUUGUCCCUGCAUCUUUUACCGUUGUCCAUCUGUUAUAUAAUCGCAGUUACCAAAGUUCAUUUCACAUUAUAAAUGUCAUUGUAUCCCUGCCAAUGAUUUUAACUGUCUACAGUGGUUUUUUAAGUAUAUAAAAAAGUUAUUCCAAUCUUUUAGGAAUGCUUGAUCUUCCUGGUUUCUGAUCUUUCCCAUCAGUCUCGCCAUUUCUGCAUAUUCCAUUAAAUUAGUCUCAUGCCCACAAGAAAAGGGAGGGGGGAGAAAGAAAGCUUUGUUUAUAAUGAAGGGAACCAAAUACAGUAGAACCUCGGGUUGCGAAUUUGAUCUGUGCAGGAGGCACAUUCGCAACCUGCAGCUCCACAUCUGCGCACAUGCGGGUCAUUCAGCGCUUCUGCGCAUGUGCAAAGCACGAUUUAGUGUUUCUGCGCGUGCGCCAAAACCCAGAAGUAACCCGUUCUGGUACUUCCAGGUUCGGCGCAGUGCGCAACCCGAAAGUGCAUAACCUGAAGCAUCUGUAACCCAAGGUACCACUGUAGAUAAAUGCUGCUUCAGACAGCAAAAUUACAAUGAAAUCAGGCAGCAAAUAAAUGCACACCUUGAUCUGAAGAGUGAAGGAAUCCCUAACUAUUCUCAAAAGCCUACAAAAAAGCGAGUGUGGCAGUUUUGCCACAGAAACCACACUAAUAGCAGAUCCAGAAACGGGUGUGGGAGGAAUUUGCCUGCCCUUAAGGUGAAACAUGUAUUGGUUCUUCAAGAACGCUGAGUAAGUUUGUUGUUGGAGCUUGGAGAACCAUUGAAAAUCUAGGACAGGCAUAGGCAAACUCUGGCCCUCCAGAUGUUUGGGACUACAAUUCCCAUCAUCCCUGACCACUGGUCCUGUUAGCUAGGGACGGUGGGAAUUGUAGUCCCAAAACAUCUGGAGGGCGGGAGUUUGCCUAUGCCUGAUCUAGGAGUUUAGUACUAGUUUUAGCCAAUGCAUUCUAAUGGAGAAUAUUUCUGUUGUUUCACCCCAGAGUUUCCUGCUUAUUUUGCUGAAUUAAAAGUUGCAAGAAUAUAAUCCUAGCGAGCAGUGACUAAACCAGUUGCCCUUAUUAAUGGGUCCCAUAAGCCCCUGCCAAUAUGGCCCGUGGCUGGGGAUGAUGGCAGGUGGCUUGCAGCUACGUCUGGAGGGCUGCAGAUUCUCCCUCCGUGAUAAGGUGGCAGUGAUAUAAUCAUAGCUGUCCAUUUUGAGCUUCUUGUUCAGAUGCGAAGGCCUGGUGCGGAAUGGGGUACCCUCCAGCCCACCCUCGAUCUCUCCAAUCUCCAGCUGUGGUUAAGCUUCCUUGCUGGAACCUGCCUGACAAGGUGUGUCAUUCCUCUCCCUUUCUCCCUGCAGCAUCGACAACAUCCCCAACCAGCUGUUCAUCAACCUGACAGACCUGCUCUACCUGGAUUUGAGCGACAACAAACUGGAGAGCCUUCCCCCCCAGAUGAGGCGCCUGGUGCACCUGCAGACCUUGAUUUUGAAUAACAACCCUCUACUGCAUGCGCAGCUCAGGUGAGGCGGCUGGGAGCUGGGGAAGGGGAGCAGGAGAGCGAGAGCAGGCGUUCUGCAGUCUUUCCGCGGCUGCAGUCGCGCUCAUUUUGCUGUGUGUUCGAGCAAAGGAACUGGGGUUGGAGGGACAGGCUUUUAGCACCUUGGAGCUGUCAGGUUUCCUUUGGCGCUUUUCAAAACGCAAAGGUGCUAGUUCUCAUGGUUGGGAAUGUAGAUGGGAAAGUGUGAUUGGGGCAGGGAGGGGGCAAAGCUCAGGCACACCAGGGUGUAUACUUUCCACUUGCCCGCAGACUGUCUCGCCAGAGUGGUGCCUGCUCUAGUUAUCUCCCGCUUGGACUACUGCAAUGCGCUCUGUGUGGGGCUACCUUUGAAGGUGACCUGGAAACUACAACUAAUCCAGAAUGCAGCAGCUAGACUGGUGGCUGGGAGUGGCCGCCGGGACCAUAUAACACCGGUCUUGAAAGACCUACACUGGCUCCCAGUACGUUUCCGAGCACAAUUCAAAGUGUUGGUGUUGACCUUUAAAGCCCUAAACAGCCUCGGUCCAGUAUACCUGAAGGAGCGUCUCCACCCCCAUGUUCUACCUGGACACUGAGGUCCAGUGCCGAGGGCCUUCUGGCGGUUCCCUUCCUGCGAGAAGCCAAGUUACAGGGAACCAGGCAGAGGGCCUUCUCAGUGAUGGUGCCUGCCCUGUGGAACGCCCUCCCAUCAGAUGUCAAAGAGAUAAACAACUACCUGACAUUUAGAAGACAUCUGAAGGCAGCCCUGUUCAGGGAAGUUCUUAAUGUCUGACAUUUUGAUGUAUUUUUAAUCCUUGUUGGAAGCCGCCCAGAGUCGCUGGGGAAACCCAGCCAGAUGUGAGGGGUACAAAUAAAUUAUUAUUAUUAUUAUUUAUUUAUUUAUUUAUUUAUUUAUUUAUUAUUAUAAACCAGAGGAGGACACAUGUCAAAAUCUGUGCCACAGAUCCAUCCAAUCUUGGAAGGCCUUUGCCUUGUUUUGUGAUCCCAACAGGUGGUACUUUUCAGGCUUUUCUUUCGAAAAAGAAGACCCUACAGCCCCUUGAGCCAGCUUUUGUUUUUUUGGUGGUGGUGGGCUGUAUUAAAUUGAAAGAGACCAGUGAGGCCACACCUAGCUCCAUUUUGCUCCUCUGCGUGUGAAAAAGAAGAGACUACCUCUGAGAUUGUACAGAGUGCCUUCCAUUUUCACCGUGUAAUCGGAGCUGACCUCAAAACUUCUGAGACUUAUGCAGGGCAGAGCUUGUACCCCAAGGCUGAGGAGGGGCCCCUCCCCGCCCACAGCUUCCCUUCACACUUCCUAACUUUGUGAAAUGCAUGCCUUUAUAAUAAAACAAAAGGUUUUUUUUUUCAGUUGAACAAAAUAAAGUGGAAAAAAGAGAGAGAGACUGCAAUAUAUGCUGAUAUAGAUAUGAUUGUCAUAUAUGCUAAUACCGUACUUUUCCAUGUAUAACACAUCCCCAUGUAUAAGACGCCCCCUAUUUUGGGGGACUCAAAUUUAAGAAAAUGGGGGAGAGGGCACAAAGAUGUUGAGCUUUAUUUAGGGAGGAAUACCAAAAAUCGCUCACAAAAUCAGCCUCUUGUCUGUCCCCUCGCUGGCAGAAGCUGCAAAUCGCCCACCCCAUUUGCCGCAGCAUCAGCAAAUCACCACUCUUGACGCAGCAACCAAUAACACGCACAAUAGCCACUGACAGCUACGGCAGCAACCUAUAAAACGCCCGCCCUAUGCACUGCCCAUGUAUAAGACGACCCCCAAUUUUUAACAUGAAUUUUUAGGACAAAAAUCUAGUUUUAUACAUGGAGAGGUACGGUAUAUGAUAUUAAUAACCUACUUAUGCUCGCUCCAAAUAUCAGUAUAUUUAUCCAAGCAAAGUCUGUUGCAAGAGUUGUCUUCAGUCCAUUGAUUAAAGGGAGCAUAUUUUUGUUCUUCCAGUUCAUCAAUACCAGUCUGCUGGCUGUAGGAUCCAUUUUUGUUGUCUGCUUGUCAGCUUCCAUAUAAUAGGUAUACAAUUCAAAGGAAUAUUUUCCUCUAAAAAAGAUUAUUUUAUUUUAUUUUUGCAAAAUGCAUGCCUGUCAAUUUGCACCUAGAUACGUGGGAGACGACAGCCCCAUCUUGCAUUUAAGGAAGUGGCCCCUAGUCCACAAAAAGCUUAUGCCACAAUAAAUUUUAGUUUUUUAAGGCAGGAAUGGGGAACACCUGAUAAUCCUUCAGGGUUUCAUCUUGUCAUUGUCCUCUUUCCUCCUCUCUUUCAACUGAAGGCAACUCCCAGCAAUGGUGGCUUUGCAGACGCUCCACCUCAGGAACACACAACGGACCCAGAGCAACCUUCCCACAAGCUUGGAAGGCUUGUCAAAUCUCGCAGGUAUGAUUCCCGAGGAAAUGUAUGAAUGGGCUCAGCUCCGUGCAUUGAGCAGCCUGCAAAGGAGAACCCGAGGCUGUAGGUCUCUGCAUGUUUCCCUGGAAGUAAGUCUCAUGGAACUACCUGAAGGAGCGUCUCCACCCCUAUCGUUCUGCCCAGACCCUGAGGUCCAGCUCUGAGGGCCUUCUGGCGGUUCCCUCCCUGCGAGAAGUGAGGUUACAGGGAACCAGGCAGAGGGCCUUCUCGGUGGUGGCACCCACCCUGUGGAACGCCCUCCCGCCAGAUGUCAAGGAAAUAAACAACUAUCUGAUUUUUAGAAGACAUCUGAAGGCAGCCCUGUUUAGGGAAGUUUUUAAUGUUUGAUGUUUUACCGCAUUUUUAAUAAGUGGUACCUCUGGAUACGAAUGGGAUCUGUUCCGGAGCCCCGUUCGCAUCCUGAAGCGAACGCAACCCGCGUCUGCGCGUGCGUGGGUCGCGAUUCGCCGCUUCUGCAUAUGUGCGUGAUGUCAUUUUGACAGUCUGCGCAUGCGCAAGUGGCGAAACCCGGAAGUAACACGUUCCAUUACUUUCGGGUUGCCAUAGAGCGCAACCCAAAAACGCUCAGCCUGAAGCAACUUCAACCCGAGGUAUGAUUGUACUUUGUUGGGAGCCCCCCACAGUGGCUGGGGAAACCCAGCCAGAUGGGCAGGGUACAAAUAAUUUAUUAUUAUUAUUAUUAUUAUUAUUACUACUACUACUACUACUACUACUACUACUUGAUGGGAUUGUUUUUGGUAGACAUGCCUAGGGUUGCACCACUAAAGAAACGUAUAUGUUCCUGAAUUAAAUUCAUAGACUGGGGCCACAUUCACACCAAACCAAUUUAGAGCACUAGUUAUCACUUUGAGCAGGCUUGACUUCCUGCAAAGGAUUCUGGGAGCUGUACUGUGUUAUGGGUGCAGAGAAUUGUUGGAGGGCACCAGGUUAUGGGGAGGCUCCUCUGGGACCCUGUAGCCCACGUGGGUUGCAUCCAGAACCCACCCUUGUUGAACUCUGACUCUGCCUCACUUUCAUUCUUUCCUCCUCUUACGCUCAGAUGUGGACCUCUCCUGUAAUGACCUGACCCGCGUCCCCGAGUGUCUCUACACCCUGUCCAACAUACGGCGCCUCAAUCUCAGCAGCAACCAAAUUGGAGAGCUUUCCCUCUGCAUUGACCAGUGGUGCCAGCUGGAGACCCUCAAUCUGUCCAGGAACCAGCUUACCUCCCUGCCGGUAGGUGGUGUUCCCCAUCCAGGUAACUGGGACACCAGCUCUGCCAUGCUACUGGUUGGCCGCAGAGGAAUGGUGGGAGGAUGUGCCGUUCUCACAGCAAAGGAAGGAUUGGACUCUGAUUAAUAGAAUAGCCACGAGGCUUGACCAGCAAGACUCUGGGAGGGGUGCCAAUAAUAAUAAUCCUCUCCACCCCUCGGCCCAGGUCGUUUUAUUCACAAAAGAACUUUUUACACAGUGUUUGUAAGAACCAAUCAGACUUCCUCAGAGCAUUUCAAAAAACCCCACGUGGGGACAAAGUUAGAUCAGAAGAAAUUCUUUUAACCACAAAGAAACUAUUUCCUACUUGAACAUGCAUAAUAGUCCAGAGUAAAUAAAAUAGGAAGCAAUGCUUUUAGGAAACCCGGAGGUCAUAAACUGCAGUAAACAGUAUUUACCAUCUCCUUGUGAACUCUCUUCCUGGCCCUUAGAUCUGUCUAAAGAUCAAAGUAACCUACUGUCUUUAUGUACUGAGGAUGCCUGAUGAAGCAACUGGCCUGUGUUUUGAAAUGCUUAUAUGUGCCUGUCAGAUGUAGAGAAAUAGGACAGGGAUGCAGAGGCGUGGAUUGAUCAGAAAUCAUAUCAAAAUGGCUCAAACCCAGUCAACGCAAUGCUUUCAUCGCGGACACAAAUGUCUUGCUCCAUAUUUUUUAUAAUUCCUCAUAGCAAUCCCACCUGAUCACUACAGGAGGAACCAGCUGGGCACCCACAAGGGAAGAAGGCUCAGAGCCCAGGGGAUCGGUGAUGGAGGGGCAACGAUGAGUGGUCAGAGGCAGACAAGGGAGAAGGCUGUGAGGAGGAGUUUUCGGAAGCUGAAGGGGCAACAGGGCUUAGUGAGCUGGGAGUCUGUGGCAGCCACUUAAAAAGCAUAGCAAUUGAAGAAGCUGAAAAAGCAAUCCGAAUAAUUAGAUCAGGAAGACAUGCUUGCCUAAACAGGUGUGUCCUCAGGAGCCGGCGGUAUGCCAAUACUGAUGGAGGUGUCUCAUAUUUUAGCCGGGAGGGCGUUCUGAUUGUCACGGACUGGUUGGACACAGAGGGAUGGUGGGAGGAGCCAGCUGGGGAACCCCUCCAAGGGAAGAAGGCUCAGAGCCUGGGGACUGGCGGUGGUAUGGCAACGAAUGGUGAGAGGGAGAAGAUGGGGAAGAGGUGUUGGAAGCUGAAGAGGCAACAGGGCUUAUUGAGCAGGGAGAGUCUGUGCAGGGCUGGAUUAACCAUUAUGCAAAAUAAGACCAUGCUUAGGGCAUCAAGUGAAGGGGCGGAACCACAAAAACUUUCCAUUUCUGGAUUUUUAACAUCAGCGGUCAUUAACGGCCAGGCGUUCCUUUUCUCAGUUGAAGUAUGUUAAAAAUCCCAACAGAACAGCUGUGCAACAAGGCGGGCUGGUUGCCUUAUCUGUUGUAAGUAUAUACGGAGGUGUAUUACGUAAGACGGGUCAGCAAACUUUUCCAGCAGGGGGCCGGUUCACUGUCCCUCAGACCUUGUGGGGGGCCAGACUAUAUUUGGGGGCGGGGAGAGCAAAUUCCUAUGCCCCACAAAUAACCCAGAGAUGCUUUUAAAUAAAAGGACACAUUCUACUCAUGUAAAAUCACGGUGAUUCUCAGACUGUCCGCGGGCCGGAUUUAGAAGGCGAUUGGGCCGAAUCCAGCCCCCGGGCCUUAGUUUGCCUACCCAUGACAUAAGAUUAGUUUUGAGGAUCUGAUUUAAGAUUUUGCAAUUAGAAAAAAGUAGGAGAGCAUUUUUCAAAUAUAAAUGAAGUGGACGUAUACAAAAAUAAACAUUAUUUUCCAUCUUACUCUAGGUUUUGUUUCAUUUUGAAAAAUAAACUUUUAUUUGGGAUUUACUGCUGUUUAUAUUUUGAAUUAGAUAUAUAUAUAUGGGGGCACCAAACUCUUUUAAGUGCCCAACCUUGCAGAAAAUCAGUGUUUAAAAUGAGCGAGUUAAUGAAUGAGUCAGCAAAUGAAUUCAUGAGCAAAUCUCCCUUGCUCUGCUUGACUCUUUGCACGUGUUUCCACCCUAGUCGGCCAUCUGUAAGCUGACCAAGCUCAAGAAACUCUACCUGAACUCCAACAAGCUGGACUUUGACGGCAUUCCUUCGGGGAUCGGGAAGCUGGUCUCCCUGGAGGAAUUCAUGGCUGCAAACAACAACUUGGAACUGAUUCCAGAAAGCCUCUGCAGGUAUGCCAGGCCCUCCUCCAAGUGGCCUUGAGGCACCGUAUUUCCUCCCAGAGGACUAUCUGCAUGGUUGGCUGUGCACACAGACAUGGUUUUAUGUGCCUUUGGCCGAUGUGCUUCCAGGCUGAGACGAUUCCUGUAAAUCAGCACUGUUCCGCCGCUACCUUGGAAACAAUUACAGUCAUGCCUUGUGUUACGUUUGCCUCAUGUUGCGGCUUUUCAGGUUACGAACGUGGCAAACCCGGAAGUGUUUACUUCCAGGUUCACUGCACGUGCAGAAGCGAUCUGCGCACUUUGCGCAUGUUCAGAAGCACUCUAUCGGGCUUCGCGCAUGUGCAAGAGUGGUACUCUACUUACAGACUUUUUGGGGUGCGAACGGCGUUCAUAAGUAGAGGUAUCACUGUAAUGUCUCUUUCUACCUACCUAUGAACCCAAAGCUUGUAAUUCAUCAAUUUUGGGGCAAGCCUCUAAUAUUUAUUUUCCUUUAUUCAAUUUCUGUCGCGCAGCCUUCAACACAUGCUUCUCUCAAGGAGCUGAGCAAUAAAAGCGAAAGACCGCCACAUUGGUACCCCCGCCCCAGCAAAUAACAGUUGAUAAAAUAUGAUAAAUAGGAAGGGCAGUUUUGUCUUGAGUCUCAGAGGCUUAAAAGGUUAAGUGGUUUUAAAGCCUGGAUUGAGAGCCAGUGGUGGGGUAAUGCUUAGAGUGUUGGACCUCAGGCCUCAAAGACCAGGGUUGAAGUCCCUCCCUUGGUGAUGAUGUUUGCUGGGUGACGUUCGGCCAGUUAACACACACUCUCGGGGCCUAGCCUACCUCACAGGGCUGUUGUUAGUGGAGGGAAGGGUGGGAGAACAACAUACACUACCUUGAGCUCCCCGGAGGGAAGAUAGUUUAGGGUCAAGGCAUCAAAGAGCUGAUAUGGCAUUGGAGAGUGGAUGGAGAGACCUUUUCGCCCCCGUAACACUAGGGCUUGUGGACAUCCAAUGGAUGUCCAUUCAGACCAGACCAGAAUGUCCUCCGUCACAUAGCGCAGAGUUAAACUAUGGAACUCACUGCCACUGGAGACGGCCGCCAACUUGGAUGGCUUUAAAAGAGGAUUGGGCAAAUUCAUGGAGGAGAACGCUAUCAAUGGCUAUGAGCCUCAAUGGCUAAGCUCUGCCUCCACAAUUAAAGGCAGCAAUUCUUCUGGGUACCAUUUGUCGGAAACCACAUGAGGGUAGAGGGAUCUGGUGCCCAAAUCCUGCUUGCUUGGCCCCUGUGAGAACAUGGCCCCAUUGGCCUGAUCUGACAGGCUGCCCUUAUGUUAUUUGCCAGAUGCCGGAAUUAUUGCCGUGUUCGGUUUUGAGUAGGGCUCCAUCCUGGGCCUACCUGGAGAUGCUGGGGAUUCGAACCUGGAACAGUCUGCAUGCAAGGCCGAUGCUCUACCACUGAACUAUGGCCCUUCCUCAUAUGACUUAACUGGUUCAAAGGGAGACAGUAAGCACCUCUUUUUCUCUCCACAGGUGUGUCAAGCUCAGGAAGUUGGUUUUGAACAAGAACCGCUUGGUCACUUUACCUGAGGCCGUGCACUUUCUGACAGACAUUGAGGUGAGGCCAGGGGGGUCCUUGCUGACAGAAGGGCCUGGGAGUUGGGAUGGGGGGCGCGUAAGAAAAGGGGAUCAACAUCUUACUUGAGGGAGCAUCUUCAUCCCCAUCAUUCAGCCCAGACCCUGAGGUCCAGCUCCGAGGGCCUUCUGGCGGUUCCCUCACUGCGAGAUGUGAGAUUACAGGGAACCAGGCAGAGGGCCUUCUCGGUAGUGGCACCCGCCCUGUGGAAUUCCCUCCCAUCAGAUGUCAAGGAAACAAACAACUAUCUGACUUUUAGAAGGCAUCUGAAGGCAGCCCUGUUUAGGGAAGUUUUUAAUAAUCUGUUUGGAGCCGCCCAGAGUGGCUGGAAAACCCAUCCAAAUGGGCGGGGUAUAUAUAUAUGUGUGUGUGUGUGUGUGUAUAUAUAUAUAUGUAUACAGUGGUACCUCGGGUUACAUACGCUUCAGGUUACAUAUGCUUCAGGCUACAGACUCCGCUAACCCAGAAAUAUUACCUCGGGUUAAGAACUUUGCUUCAAGAUGAGAACAGAAAUCGUGUGGCGGCGGUGCAGCAGCAGCAGGAGGCCCCAUUAGCUAAAGUGGUGCUUCAGGUUAAGAACAGUUUCAGGUUAAGAACGGACCUCCAGAACGAAUUAAGUACUUAACCUGAGGUACCACUGUAUGUAUAAAAAAAUAUUAUUCUUAUCAUAUUUCAUGCUGUGGGACUCCACUUGGCCCCUGAUGGGCCAAAAGUGAGAAGCUAAAAUCCUAUAUGAAGUUGAUUUAACCCCUCACAGUUACAAUUCCCAGUAGCUGAUUAACCACUCUGAGAUCUGUAGCUCUUCGAGAGGAAUAGGGGUCAACUCUCAGCACCCUUAACGAACGUUUCCCAGAAUCCUUUGGGGAAACCAUGACUGUUCAAAGUGGACCCUAGCAGGAUGCGGAUGAGCUCCUGUGUUUCCCGUUCCCGUAGCUGCCUUUGACCUGAAUAGGCUUUUCCCCCACUCUGCUUCUGGCUCUGUGAAUCCAUCGCCCCUUCCUGCCCUUCCUUCUCGCAGAUCCUGGAUGUCCGUGAGAACCCCAACCUGGUGAUGCCCCCCAAGCCUGUGGACAGGACCUCCGAGUGGUACAACAUCGACUUCUCCCUACAGAACCAGCUGCGUCUGGCGGGGGCCUCCCCUGCCACCGUAGCAGCUGCUGGGGCAGGUGAGUUUGGUACUGUGGGUUAUUCUGGCCUUGUGAUUUCCCCGCCCCCAGCCUUCCUGGCAAAUGAUAAACUGCCUUGUUUCUUACCAGUGAAUUGCAUCCAGUGUUAAAACUAUGCAGAGUAUAGGCCCACUGAAAUUAAUAAGACCUGAGCAAUUUACUGUAGGUCCGUUAAUUUCAGCAGGCCUGUUACCAGUUGGGAGAUUUUUUUUUUUUUUUUAAUGAUAUUUAUUAAAAUUUCACAUGAAAAGAGACACAUUAAUGAAAAAAAAAAAAGAAUUUAAAGAUAAAAAGAAAAAUACACAAUACAAAAUACAAAAAGAAAAAAGAAAAAAGUUAAAAACAAUUCCAUCUUUUCAUCACUACUUUUACAUUUACUUAUUUCCCGGACCUCCUCAUACCUCCCUCUUUUGUAUACCAAUUCAGUUUGUUUGUCCAGCAAUUCCUUUCCCUCCUUUUAAUCCCAAUCCUUAAUCUUAAUAUAAUAUAACAUUAAAUUUUUACCUAUUAAAAACCAAUUUUCCAUUCUUUUAACCUUUUUAAUCCUAAUCCUUAAUCUUGAUCUAUAUAUAACUUUAAAACCUGUACAGCUAGAAGCCACUUAAUUUCAAUCCAUCAUCACUCUAACAUUCUUUAAUUUUGCAAUAUUUCUGUAAGUAAUCUUUGAAUUUCUUCCAAUCUUCUUCCACCGACUCUUCUCCCUGGUCACGGAUUCUGCCAGUCAUUUCCGCCAAUUCCAUAUAGUCCAUCAAUUUCAUCUGCCAUAGUUGGGAGAUUUUUUUAAAAAAUUGGCGGUUUGGUUUAAAAGACUCAGAAGUUUUAAAAUAUACAGUCAACUCACAACUUUUUAUAUAUAUAUAAUUUUUUAAUUAGUUUUUUAACAUAUAAUUUUCAACAGUAAUUAAACAUACUUUUACAUCUUAUUCAUUUUUUUUUUACUUCCAUCAAUCCUGUCUGAAAAUUUUCCUACUUUGUAACACUAUGUAUAUUUCUCAUUACAAAACUUCUUGUAGUCCUACUAGCGUAAUUUGUUGAUUACAGUUGCUCUUCAAAUAAUUCAUAUACUUCUUCCAAUCUUCUAUAAAUCUCUGGUCCCGCAGGUUUCGAAUCCUUCCUGUCAUUUUGUCCAAUUCUGCAUAGUCCAUUAAUUCCGUCUGCCAUUCUUCUUUCGUCGGAAUUUCUUCUUGUUUCCAACUCACAACUUAAGCACAUUCAAGUUGUGCAAAUUCAGCUUAACGUGCUUGUCAGAAAAAAAAGUGCUGAACUUUAAAAAGGGGGGGGCAUCCAUGGGAGUGGGGAGUCAGUAAUCCCUCCCACCCACCAUUGCACUCACCUGGGAGAGUGUUCAGAGGUGCAGAGAAAGUGUGUUUUGACUAUACACAAUUUUGGCUCUAUGCACUACUCCGGAAUAUAACCCCUGUGUAAGUUGAGUGUUGAAUAUCUAUCCACAAUGUGCACUAUCCAAACACUUGUUAUUCAAAAAUUCACUUAUCCAAACACGAGAGAUCAGUACCCAAACCUCACUUAUACGCUCCUCAGAUUCAGAGAUCCAAAUAGCCAGACCUGUGUGUAGUACUAUAGAGAAAUAAGCAGCCUUAAACAAUCUUUACUUUUUUGUGUCAUGUUGGUCCACUGGAAACCAUGGGGGGGGGGAGCAGGAGAGGGGAGAAAAGGGGACAGACUGAAUGAAGAAGAGAGCAUCUUUUCCCUUCCUUGUUUGCCUUCUGCAGUGUUUCAGAGAAUUCUCCCUGGUUUUUUUUCACCAUUUUGUGGCCAAAAUUCUGUGAUCAGGAACACAUUAGACAUUUCCCCAUAGGAAUUAGUGGGAAUCAUUGACUUGUUUUGUGAACGCUCACCUGAUAAACCAUCUCCUGAGAACACAUUGUGUUCGGAGAGCAGAAACUGCGUGUAUAAGCGAUACUUGUUGGAGCUUCAAAGCUAUCUUCCAUCCCCUAAAAUUAUUUGUUUCUCCCCACCCCUUUCUAUUCCUAGGGAGCAGCCCAAAGGACCCCAUGGCACGAAAGAUGCGCCUGCGGAGACGCAAAGACUCAUCGCAGGAUGAUCAGGCAAAGCAGGUGCUGAAGGGGAUGUCGGACGUGGCGCAAGAGAAGAACAAGAAGAUGGAGGUAGGAACACACUCAGCGAUGGAGAGUGACUUCAAGGUUGCAGCACUUGGAACUCUUUAGUUUAGAGAAAAGGCAAGGAAGAGGCGUUUGCAUGGCGUGGAGAAAGGAAAUAUUUUCUUCCUCUCUCUCUUAACGCAAGAAGUUUUGGGCAUCCAGUGAAGCUGAACGUUGGGAAAUUCGGAACAGAUAAAAUAAAGAAUUUCUGGGUUAAUCUGGGGAAUUCACUUCCACAAAAGGCUGUGAUGGCCGUUUAAAGUUCAGCAUGGGAAGAUAAGUACAAUAGAGAUUUUAAGAAAGACUGGGGAACCAUUCAUGUCAUAUUUACAAAAUCAAUGUAAAGAAAUGGACUCACUUGCAGGGUUUGAUUAAACCAAGCUUAGGCAAACUCAGCCCCCCAAAUGAUUUGAGACUACAAUUCCCAUCAUCCCUGACCGCUGGUCCUGUUAGAUAGGGAUGAUGGGAGUUGUAGUCCCAAAACAUCUGGAGGGCCGAGUUUGCCAAUGCCUGGAUUAAACACUUGCAGUUAACAAAACAAAUGUAGGAAAUAGAAUGUUGAUGUUAAAAUGAAAAGAGAAGAAUUAUAACUAUUUUUUUAAAAAAAAUUAAAGAAUAAGAAAUAACAAAUAAGCUGGAGGAGAUAAUAUGCCAAAAAACCAGAAGAGGAAACUGAGGGAAGUCGUGGAGAGGAGGGGAAAAUUGGGGGAUGGUAUUUUUGUUAUACGUUAUGAUAGUAAAGGUAAAGGGACCCCUGACCAUUAGGUCCAGUCGUGACCGACUCUAGGGUUGCGGCGCUCAUCUCGCUUUAUUGGCCGAGGGAGCCGGCGUACAGCUUCCGGGUCAUGUGGCCAGCAUGACUAAGCCCCUUCUGGCAAACCAGAGCAGCGCACGGAAACGCCGUUUACCUUCCCGCUGGAGCGGUACCUGUUUAUCUACUUGCACUUUGACGUGUUUUCGAACUGCUAGGCUGGCAGGAGCAGGGACCGAGGAACAGGAGCUCACCCCGUCACAGGGAUUCGAACCGCCGACCUUCUGAUCGGCAAGCCCAAGAGGCUCAGUGGUUUAACCCACAGCGCCACCUGCGUCCCUGAUAAGUUAUGAUACUUUGAUGUUAAAAAAUGUAAAAUCUUAAUAAAAACUAUUUUUUAAAAAAAUAAGUUCAGCACGGGAUGGCAGUAUAUAAAAAGCCACCAUCCCAUAAAGCAAUAGGUAUUGAAUCGUCAAAGAAAUGUUCGAAUCCGGUUAAAGAAGCAGUCGCAUUAUAAUCAGGAAAAUGCAAUGCAAUAAUCCCCAUGUCUGAACGCACGCUAGUUUCCCUUCUUUUCAUCUACCAGGAUCCCUUAUUCUUUGUUCUUAUUGCCGUUAGGAUCCUUUACUAACUCUCUCCCUCCCUCCCUUUUCUUUCCGCGCUAGGAGAACGGAGACCCAAAGUACACGGACCUGAAAACCCGCCGCUGGGAUCAGAGUUUGGAGAAGCCUCAGCUCAACUACUCUGAGUUCUUUACGGAGGACGUGGGGCAGCUCCCUGGCGUCACCGUCUGGCAGAUUGAGAACUUUGUGCCCACAAUGGUGGACGAAACCUUUCAUGGGAAGUUCUACGAGGCCGACUGCUACAUUGUCCUGAAGGUUAGGGGGGCAGACAUCUUGUUUUUAUCCUCACAGCCACCCCUGCGAGGUAGGAGACUUGCUUGUCCGUCGCUUCAUGGGCCUCACUCACACCAAGCUAGGAUGCGCUAGGAUGCCACCUUACUAUUAUUAUUAUUAUUAUUAUUAUAUUUUGUUUUGUUUUGUUUUGUUUUUGCAAUUUUAUAUUUAACACAAAAAACAUUAUCACAAAAGGAAUAUAUAAACCCCAGUCUCCCCACCGCCCUCCCCUGACUUCCCCCAACUUCCUCUUCUGAUUCUUUAAAUAUUUGCUUCUCCUAUUUUGCUCUACCUUAAUUUUAUAAUUUUAUAAUUAAAUAUUGUUAUAUUCUUCUUAUCUUUAUAGCAUACCAAAUAUCCAAAUUACAUCUUACGUUUUGUUAUUUGCCCAGUUAUUACCUUUUAACCGUUUAUACUCAUUUUCUUAAUUGUAAGUGUUUACUCAAACCCUGCUAGUGAGUCGACUUCUUUACAAUGCUUCUGUAAAUACAUCAUAAACAAUUCCCAUUCUUUUUUAAAGUCUCUGUUGUCCGUAUCUCUGAUUCUUCCAGUCAACUUUGCCAUUUCAGCGUAUUGCCAUUCUUCUUUUGUUACUAUUAUUAUUAUUACUAUUAUUAUUACUAGAUUUCUAUGCUGCCCUCCAUCCAAAGAUCACAGGGCAGUUUGCAAUAUGAAAACACAAAAAUGUUUAACAAAGUAAUAAACAAUAACACCCCAACACAGUUUAAAAGGCUAUAGAUUGUUUAAUUAGUGUGGGAGAAGAAGAAUAUUUCUGCAUGGCACCUCAAGAUAAGUAACGAAGGGGCCAGCCGAACUCUCCCGGGGAAGAGCGUUCCACAAAUGAGGAGCCACCACAGAAAAGGCCCUUUCUCAUGUUGCUGCUCUCCAGUCCUCAGAAGGGCCUCAGAAGAUGAUCACAGGGUCCAGGUCCGUUCAUAUGGGAAAGAGGCGGACCUUGAGGUAUUGCAGUCCUGAGCCUUAAACUGUCACGGGUUCCCCUAAAGAAUUCUGGGAAAUGUAGUUUGCUAAGGGGGCUGAGAGUUGUUAGGGGGUGCCCUCAUAAUAGGAGUCUCUUAACGACUCUCAGCACACUUAACUACAGCUCCCAGAAUUCACUGGGGGAAGCAAUGGCUGUUUAAAGUGGCAUUCUAGUGUUUUAAGCAUGUAUUGUGAAGGUGGCCAUGAUCUCCCAAGGAUAAGGAACCUGUGACCUUUCAGAUGUUGUCAGGACUACAUAAUAAUAAUAAUAUAUAAUAAUUUGUUAUUUCUACCCCACCGAUCUGGCUGGGUUUCCCCAGCCACUCUGGGCGGCUUCCAACCAAAGAUUAAAAAUAUGUUAAAACAUCAGUCAUUAAAAACUUCGCUGAACAGGGCUGCCUUCAGAUGUCUUCUAAACGUCAGAUAGUUGUUUAUUUCCUUGACAUCUGAUGGGAGGGCAUUCCACAGGGCGGGCGCCACCACCGAGAAGACCCUCUGCCUGGUUCCCUGUAAGCUCACUUCUCACAGUGAUGGAACCGCCAGAAGGCCCUCGGAGCUGGACCUCAGUGUCUGGGCUGAACGAUGGAGGUGGAGACGCUCCUUCAGGUAUACUGGGACGAGGCCGUUUAGGGCUUUAAAGGUCAACACCAACACUUUGAAUUGUGCUCGGAAACAUACAGCUCCCAUAAUCCCUUACCUUUGGCCUUGCUGGCUGGGGCUGAUGGGAGUUUGAGUCCGACAACAUCUGUAGGCCCACGGCUGCCCUGCCCUUGCUACGGGAGUAGACAAAAGUUGAGCUGUGCCUGGUUUGAUGCCACCAUACGCAGGUCCCUAACCCAAAGCGACCUUGAGGGCAGAGAGGGUUCGUUUUUUAGCUUGCCCAUUGGUCCAGCUGCAAACAUUGCUUCUCCCCCAGACUUUCCUAGAUGAUAACGGCUCACUGAACUGGGAGAUCUACUACUGGAUUGGCCAGGAAGCCACGCUCGACAAGAAAGCCUGCUCUGCCAUCCAUGCGGUCAACUUGCGCAACUAUUUGGGUGCCGAAUGCCGCAGCAUCCGGGAGGAGAUGGGAGACGAGAGCGACGAGUUCAGCCAGGUAAGCUCCUUCCUCUCUGCAGGUUGCUGGCUAUAUCUAUCUUUCCCCUUUCGGCUUUUUAAAAAAAUAACUUUUUUUUUGCAAUUGUUUUUAUUGAUUUUCAUAUAUAUUUAUUCAUUCUUACAAUAUGAGUAGCCUAAAACUCUCAGGAUUACCACUUUCCUCUACCCUUCUUCUGGUUUUCUUGUUUCCACACUAUAAUAUUUACACGUUAAUUUAUAUCAGCAUACUGUUCAUAUCAAUACAUAGUUCUUUCUAUUAUCUCAUAUAGAAUGCUCCAACAAUUGUAAGUUUUAAGGUUUAUCCCAAACCUGCCAGUGUUCUUAUAUGUAAACAGUUUUUCUCAAGGUAAGUUAUAAAUUUCUUCCAGUCUUUUUGGAACGUCUGGUCGUCCCGCUCACGAAUUCAUCCCGUCAGCCUGGCUAAUUCUGUGUACUCUACCAUCUUUGUUUGCCAUUCCUCAAUACAAAAAAAUUCACAGCUGAGUCCUCAAUUCUUUAUUACUGUGCUUGGCUUUCUUCAAGUUGGGCUGUGUCUAAAAUUUGCCAUUUAGGUUUUCAAACCUUUUUUGUAAACUCAGUUUUAGAAACUGUACCUUUGAGUCCUCAAUCCUUUAUUACUGCGCUUUGCUUCACCUAGGCCGAGCUAGGAUUAUAAUACUUCAGAAUUUUUGGGAGUUUUAUCCCCUUUCUUUGAAUUUGGUCAUUUAAGGUUUAUGAUUUCUCUAUUUCCUUCUGAGGAAACUGAAUAGUUCAGUGAAACGAGGUUUGUAGCCGGCAUCCCAUUAAGGCAUUGUUCAAUUCUAGGUUUUUCUAAUUUUUUCCUUAAACUUUUUGAUUUUUAUUAUUUGGUUUAUUUCUAUAAGAUAAUAUUUCUAGUCGAUUACUUCUUGUUUCAGGGAUUUUCAUGGUAUUUCAUUUGUUUUGUGUAAUUCCUCGAUAGUCAGCAGAUCUUGAUGUUUCCAUCCUUGAGCUAUCAAAACUCUGGCCGCCAUUGUCUCAUACAGAAAUAGUUUUUCAUCUUCUUUUGGUAUCUCAUCCAAAUGUUAAAAAAAAUAACUUUCGUGGCUGUUGGCAGGUCUUUGAUCAUGAGAUCUCCUACAUUGAAGGUGGGACGGCCAGUGGCUUUUAUACAGUGGAAGACACACACUAUGUCACCAGGUAAGAAAUUAUGAUAAUGGUCCCCUUUUGAUACUUCUUCUUUUUAAAAAAUUUCUAUCCAAGGCACAACACCCAAAUCUUAUUUUGCUUUUGUGUGAAGAAAGGGUGCUUCUGAGCCCAUACAGAGUCCUUUUCUUUUUCUGCUAGCCCCAGAGCAUUUGGGAUUACUGGGUGCAACUUUCAGGUCAAAGGUUGUCCCUUCUGAAUGGGCCUCAAUCCGCUGCCUCUCCAAAGACUCACUUGUAAUUUAGGGGAUCCAGAUUUAUUUAUUUUUUUUGGAAGAUGCUCCUACUUAUGACUCCUGGCUGUUCUCCUUGUUCCCUCUGUUUCUUAAUUGCGGGGGGCUAACACUAGUAAAUUUCUAAUUUUUCAUUUGAUUAUUCUGCCUAGAGGCAGAUGGAAGGGAACAUUGGGCCAUAGCAGUAAUUUUGGAUUGGGGUUGAUUCAGCAGUACAAAAAACUGAUUUGGCCAGAGAACAGGAGAUUGGCAGGAAUGUCUCAAGUUCUGACAGCAGGAUAAUAAAUAAUGUGGGAUGCAGGAAAGAUUUGUGACUUUGAGAUUGUUUUGAAUUUGGGGAAAACUGUUUAGCUUGCAAUUCCCCUUGGUGGGGCAGUGCCCUGAUAAACCGGUCUUCUCUGCCUAGAUCUUUCUAGUGUAAAAAUUAUAUGGCAGAGGGCUCCAAACCGCCAAGUUUUUUAGUCCUGGUACAGCCUCUCUUUAUCUAGUGUCAAUCCAUUUCCUCUUCCGUGCUGGCCGUUUUGAAUGUUCUCUUAUUUUAAGGAAGUAGGGGAAAUCUUCAUGAAUUGCAAAACUUCCAAGACCUUUGGCCAACAGACCUGUUGGUGGAUUUAAGUUUCCCCCUGCCAUCUAACAUUUUCGCCCCCCGAUUUCAAUGUAGGCUUUACCGCGUUUAUGGAAAGAAGAACAUAAAGUUGGAACCAGUACCUCUGAAGGCAGCAUCACUGGACCCUCGGUAAAUAUUUAGGGUGAUUCUCUUUUGGAAACGGGAUCCUCUAAAAUCAGCAAUUUUGGGGGAAACGAAUCCCUAAAAUAUUAUGUAUAGCUGAGUUGACAUUCUAGGUCAUCCGUCUCAUAGGAAGUCCUCAAUCAAUUCAUUACAUUGGUGGAGUUGUACUUGCAAAGGCAUCCUUGGAUUGGGCUAAGGAAUUAUUUUCUAAGGUCCACCAAUAAUUUCUUUUAAAAGAAUGAGAGAACUUUAACUCCGCAUUAGUGUUUGCUAUCCAUAUUUGAGGGAGUAAACCAUAAUAUUAAAUGCAAGGAAUUGGUUUGUUCUUUAUUGAUUGUCGCGCAGCAAUCUGGAGUUCAGAGAUGGAAAAUUUAGACAAUCCCUGCUUGGCUUAGGGAUGUUAGGACUGUUGCACUCUCAGAUGGGGAAAUGGCACAAUAUAACCGGCUCCUGCAAGGCAAAGAAGGACCACAGACCUUUUACGCCACCCGGGAAGACUUUCUUUCAUCCACAUCUUGUGAUAAUGUGGAAGGGCAUCUCUCAACAGCAGCAUCAGAAAUAUGGAAAGUGUGAGAUGAUUUUCAGUUCCCACCUGUGGCUCCUAGAAGCUGUCAGCAUGUGACAGCAGCCACACCCUGGGAACGGCUUCGACUGGCCGGCUAAGCCAGGUGAGGGUAGCCGAUGGGUCUCAAACUCUCAGUGAGUUAGAGACUUCCUUUGCAUGUGAAGAUAGACGCUGGUGGAUUGAGCAGAUGAGAUCAAGAGGGGGUCCAAUGGCCAAGAAGGCAGUUUCUUCAUGUGCUGUAGAGGGAAGUGAGGGGCCGAUGGGGCUCACCCACCUGGGAAGGGAGCCCACCUAGGAGAAGGAAAACUCUGAUCCUGAACUUCCACUGCCUUGUGGGAUAUCUUCGGGAGAAGAAAAGACUCGGGAAUAAACCCUAGAUGAAUCUGGAGUCCCUAAGACAGUUGGAUGGCGUCUUGUUCGCCUCCUUCCGGCAAGUCCUGCAGCCAAGCUGGUGCCAAACAUUUUGCUCUGCUUUCCUUUGGACCCCAUCAGUGAGGCCGAGAGGGGGGUCUUGUCGUCUGGGCAGCCCAGGACCUCCAUGCACACUGCCCAGGCUUGCGCCCAGGGCCAGAUUUAGACCCUAAGCUACUGAAGCUAAUGGGGCCCUUUAUAUGUCCAGCUGUCCUUUGUCAGCAACAAAUUGUCGCUGUUUUUUGUGUUAAAUAUAUGCUGUAUUGUAAUUUAUGGACUUAAUAGGUAUCUAAAGCCAUUUGCACAUAACAAAUAGGAGCCUACACAACACAAAACACUCUUGCUGUUUGUAGGUUUUAUUUUAUUUGCUUUUUAUCUUAUAUUUUGGAAAUUACAUCCAGUUGUUUUUUCCCUUUAAUUUUUUUUUGGUUCCCCCAAGAGAGUGGGGCCCUAAGCUGUAGUUUGUUUAGCUGAUACAUAAAUCUGGCACUGUUUGCGCCCCAGGGAGGUCACUUUGAUGCUGCUAAUGCCGUGAUUUGACUUCACCCCCAGAGGCAGACUCCAUUGUCUCUUGAGACAGACAGAUGCUAACGAUACAUGACGUAUUUAGUGCCUCCUGCAUUAAUUGAUAACUGUUUCAUUUUAUUUCUUGGAAGGAAUGUGUUCUGAAAUCCUGCAGUGGGGGGAUAUGAUUUAUAAGAAGCCUUUUUUCUUAAAUUCUAGGGUUGGAGCCAUGGUUCCCAACGUGGGGCACCCCCCCCCCACAGGGGGGCAAUUUGAUUUUUAAUGGGGGGCAAUUCGAGAAUGAGUUAUUAACAGUGAAUGGCCUUUUAGGCUUCCUCCAUGUGAAUAGGAGUUCACUUUUUGAAUAGUAAGAAUUAUAUGUCAUUGGGGCAGGGAGGCAUCAGGAUUUUAGAGAUGCUUAGGGGGGGCAUGGCCAAAAAAAGGAUGGGAACCGCUGGCUUGGAGGAUUCUGGGAGUUGUAGUUCCAUAAAACCUGGGGGGGUUAGAGGAAAGCCCCAUCACUGAUUUUGAGUGAGAUCUGCAGCAGCUUCUAGCUAUUUGGGAAAAAGGGCCCCUUCUGUCUUUUUCUUUUUUCUUUUUUAAUCCUUUAUUUAUUUAUUAAAUUCAUAUUACACGUUAGUUACCGCACAAUUUCAGCACUGUACAUAACAUAUGUUAUAUUAAAUAUAUGGAUUCCCCACAUCUAACCCUAUACCCUAUUCACCAUUUACCCAAAUACCCAUGUGACUUUCCUCACCCACGUGCAAGACGUCCUUCUCGCUACGUUAAAACUCUAUCAUUGUGUUCGCAUUUAUUCAUCACAUUAAUUAGUCCUCUAUUCCAGAAUCAUUGCAAUAAUGAACUCACUCAGUACUUAUCCAAAGAUUUCCACUGAAGUAAUAUUGUACAAUAUAUUCUUCAACACGCUUCCAUUCCUUUCUUAAUUCUUGCUUUGAUUGCACUCUAACUGAUGCUGUCAUCUUGGCUAGUUCAAUAUAUUCGCAAAAUUUGAUUUGCCACUCUGACAUUGAGGGAGUCUCCUCGCUCUUCCAAUUUUUGGCCACGAGUACUCUUGCGGCCGCUGUUGCGUGUAAAAAGACUCUGACCUUGUCUUUAGGGUCUUUUUCUUUCUUUAUCUCCAACUUGCCUCUUUCCUGGGACUUUUUUUUCAAGGUUCGUCUUCCUGUUGGACCACGGCCUCGAGAUCUACAUCUGGAGGGGGAGCCAGGCGACUCUGAGUGGCACCACCAAAGCCAGGUAACUCCCCAAGCAAGGAGAGGGUUGUGGUUGAUGUCAGUAGCUUUGGGCCUUUGGGUGGUGUCUGUGGUAAACUUUAUUUGAACUGCCGAUGCCAUUAUCAUUUUUUGUUUAUUUCAUUUAUACUUUAUUUCCUAAAAUUUGUGCACCGUUUCUUCGUAGCGACAAAAACCCUCAAGGCAGUUUGCAAAUGAAAACAAACAAAAAACAAUCAAAAGGAGUAACAACACUUUAAAACAUUCAAGAAAUUAAAACCAGCAGUAAACUAAAAGCAAAUUAAAACACAUACCAGCAUUCCAGACAUCUGGCUAGACUUGCCUUUAAAAAAGGGUUUUUAGCAGGUGCCAAAAUGUGUACAGUGAAGAUGCCUGCCAGAUAUCAAUAGGCAGGGAGUUCCAAAGUGUAGAUGCUGCCACACUGUAAUAAAAAUAAAAAAUAAAUUUAUUCCUUAUACCCCGCCCAUCUGGAUUGGUUUCUCCAGCCACUCUGGGCAGCUUCCAAAAGAAUAUUAAAAAUAUCAAACAUUAAACAUCAAACAUUAAAAACUUCCCUAAACAGGGCUGCCUUCAGAUGUCUUCUAAAAGUCAGGAAGUUGCUUAUUUCCUUGACAUCUGAUGAGAGGGCGUUCCACAGGGCAGGUGCCACUACUGAGAAGGCCCUCUGCCUGGUUCCCUGUAACUUCUCGCAGUGAGGGAACUGCCAGAAGGCCCUUGGAGCUGGACCUCAGUGUCCGGGCUGAACGAUGGAGGUGGAGACGCUCCUUCAGGUAUACUGGACUGAGGCCAUUUAGGGCUUUCAAGGUCAACACCAACACUUUGAAUUGUGCUUGGAAAUGUACCGGGAGCCAAUGUAGGUCUUUCAAGACUGGUGUUAUAUGGUCUCGGCGGCUACUCCCAGCCACCAGUCUAGCUGCCGCAUUCUGGAUUAGUUGCAGUUUCCAGGUCACCUUCAAAGGUAGCCCCACAAAGAGCGCAUAUAAGAUUGAUUUCAUACAAAUAGAUAUUAUGCAGCAGCUGCAACCGUGCCAGCGGUCAAGUGGGCAUGUCAUGGGUUAAUGUCAUCUCGCAUGCAAACUGCCCCCAAGUUGUUUAAAGGCUCCAUAGACAAAUAAUACAUGGAUUUUCACUCCUGAUUUGCUUGCCAUGAAUUGUGCUUCCUGGAAACUGGUUAUUUGCCAUUUUUAUAUCCUGGCCACCUUGAGGUUAUUAUUACCUGUGCGGAUAAGCAUCUGUUUUUAAAUUUUGAUUCCAGGUGUUUUGAAGCAUUUGGUCGUUCAGAUGUAUUGUUUUGCUGCUUCGUCGUUCGACACCCUGGACUCUUUUGGGAGGGAAGGGGUGGAAAUGUAUUAAGUAAAUGAAAAACCGAACACUAAUUGGAGCUGAACCUGUGUUACAAUGCAAAUCUGUUCCUCUGAGCUCCUUUUUGUCUUUCCCUGAAUCAGUCUUCCGCUCCGUUCUUCUCCCCCCUCUUAGGCUUUUCGCAGAGAAGAUCAAUAAGAACGAGAGGAAGGGGAAGGCAGAGAUCCUGACCGUCAGUCAGACGCAGGAGGCACCCGAGUUUUGGGAGGUCCUGGGGGGGCAGCCGGAUGAGAUCAAGCCCAACGUCCCAGAUGACUUCAAGCCUCCCAGACCUAAACUCUACAAGGUGAGUUGGUGCAGACACCUGUCACACCCAGGGUGGAUAAAAAUCAAUGAUUUUUUUUGGAUUUUUGUUUUAUUUAAAUUGGAAUUUAUUUUUCAUUUAGAUUUUUAAAAUAAAAUGCUUUUGGAGGAAAAAUCUUUGUAAAUACAGUUUUCUAUUUAAGUUACAUUAUGGUCCAGACUCCAAAGGCUAUUCAUCAGGAAAUAAAGAUUUGUUUUCAGUUUUUCACGUGUGCUAAAGCUCAGUCUCAGUUUUUUAUUUUUAAUUGUUUAACCGCAUCAGUUAGCAAACAUGGAUACAUAUGCUAUAAUGUUAUUGUUUUAGUUAAAUAAAACGCUUAAAUGAUUAUUUUUCUCCUUUCAGUAAAAUACAGCAGAAAAGUUGUCCAAAUAUAAACAGUUAACUUAUUAAAAACCUGACAAUAAUUUCAUAGUUAUCCGUCUCUGUAUUUCUAAUAGUACAGUCAUACCUCGGGUUGAAUGUGCUUCAGAUUGAGCGCUUUCGGGUUGCGCUCCACAGCAACCCAGAAGUAACGGAGCGCGUUACUUCCAGGUUUCGCCGCUCGCGCAUGCGCAGACGCUCAAAAUGAUGUCAUGCGCGGAAGGGGCAAAACGCGACCCACAGACGCACCGUUGCGUCUUACGUUCUGUUCAGGAUGCGAACAGGGCUCCGGAACAGAUCCCAUUCGCAUCCUGAGGUACCACUGUAUAACCAAAUCAGUAAUUUUUGAUAUGACUGUAAAAACUACUCUGAAAAUUUACUAUUCCAGAAAUGAAGCCUUCAUGUGGUUGUAAAUAUUAAGAUUAUACCAGCAAGAAUGAGUCUUUCUGUAAAGAAAAAAUGAUUUAAAUAAAGUCUUACUGACUAGUGAUUUAAAUCGAUUUGAUUUAAAUCAAUUCUAGGCUGGUCACACCCAAACACUUGUAACAGCUCUCAACACCCAUAACAAACUACAGUUCCCAGGAUCCUUUGCGGGAAGCCCGGGCUAUAUAAAGCGGUAUGACGCUGCUUUAAAAGUAUGGGGCAGGAGAGACCCCGGAGCAGGAAAAGGCUUGCCAGGUGGGCUUUUGAUUGCUCCCUUCUCCCUGCUAACACCCAUUUUCCCUUUUCUUCUUCCUUCUCCUGUUCUCCCACAGGUCGGUUUAGGUUUGGGUUACCUAGAGCUGCCCCAGAUCAACUACAAGCUUUCUGUGGAACACAAGAAGAGGCCAAAAGUGGAUCUGCUGCCAGAAAUGAGACUGGUACGCCACUCUGUGUUUAUAUAUGCCGUAUUUUUCGCUCCAUAAGACACACCUGACAAUAAGACGCACCUAGUUUUUAGUGGAGGAAAACAAGAAAAAAAAUAUUCUGAAUGAAGCAGUGGAUGUAUGAUUUUUGUGGUUCGUGCUGUGGCCACAGACGUGAUUUGACGGUGAGUUUGGGGUAGCUCAAUGCAAAAAUCCUGAGGAGCCAUGUGGAUCUGUGCUUUGUAACCAUGUUUUUGCACCAUUUUGCACCCACGAAACAGUGGAUGCGUGGGUUUUUUUGGUGCAGGCUGUAGCCAUGGACAUGCUAUGUGAUCUGAUGUUGAAUUUGGGGUGACCCAAUGCAAAAAUCCUGAGGAUCCAUGGGCUUUUACCUCCCCCCUCCUAGGCAGCCUCCUUUAUCGCUAGCCUCCCUUAUCUCCCUCCCAGUCGCUUGCCGAUCAGCUGCUUCCUUUCAACACUCCCUUCCCUCUUGUUUGCCUUAGUGUCUUUUCCUUAGCUGGAGCAGUUUUUUGCUCCUCUUUUUCUUCUAAUUUCUCUCCUUAUUGCUUUAGUCUUCCUGUUUCCCCCCUUUGCAAGUUUGCUGUCUUUACCUCCCCACUCCCAGGCAGCCUCCUCUAUUGCUAGCAUCCCUUAUCUCCCUCCCGAUCGCUUGCCAAUCAGCGGCUUUGUUUCAACACCCACUUCCCUCUUUCUUAAAAAAAAAAAAAAGCAUGAUCUGUUUUUUGCCCCUGGGCAAUUCGCCUCCAGGGACCAUGCAUUCACUCCAUAAGACGCACAGACAUUUCCCCUUACUUUUCAGGAAGAAAAAAAUGCGUUUUAUGGAGCAAAAAAUACGGUAGAGAGAGAGAGAGAGAGUUGUAGAAUUGGAUGGGAUCCAACCCUGCUACAAUGCAGGAAUGGGAUGGGGAGAGGGAACAGAGCGGGAAGCUCUACUCUGUCCCAGGAACAAAACUGCAUCAGGGGACCUAUUUAUUUUUAUUUAUUUAUUUCAUUUCUAUCCCACCAUUUCCCCCCCAAGAAGCUUCACAGUUCUCCCCCAUCUCCUUUAAUCCCCACAGCAACCCUGUGAGGUAGGUUAGGCUGAGAAGCAGUGACUGGCUCCCAAGGUCACCCAGGGAGCUUCAUGGCCGAGUCAGGAUUUGAACCCUGGUCUCUCAGGUCCUAGUCCAACACUCUAACCACUACACAGCCUCAGUCCUGUAUACCUGAAGGAGCGUCUCCACCCCCAUCAUUCAGCCUGGACACUGAGGUCCAGCUCCAAGGGCUUUCUGGUCGUUCCCUCACUGCGAGAAGUGAGGUUACAGGGAACCAGGCACAGGGCCUUUUCGGUAGUGGCGCCCGCCCUGUGGAACACCCUCCGUUCAGAUGUCAAGGAAAUAAACAACAAUCUGACAUUAAGACAAUAUCUGCAGGCAGCCCGUAUCGAGAAGUUUUUAAUGUUUGAUGUUUUAUUAUGUUUGUAUAUAUUUAAGUGUGUUUUAAGUGCAUUAUACAGGGACGUGGGUGGUGCUGUGGUCUAAACCACUGAGCCUAGGGCUUGCCGAUCAGAAGGUUGGCAGUUUGAAUCCCCGCAGCGGGGUGAGCUCCCAUUGCUCAGUCCCAGCUCCUGCCAACCUAGCAGUUCAAAAGCAAGUAGAUAAACAGGUACCGUUCCGGCAGGAAGGUAAACGGUGUUUCCGUGCGCUGCUCUGGUUUUGCCAGAAGUGGCUUAGUCAUGCUUGCCACAUGACCCGGAAAAACUGUCUGCCAUCAAAAGCUGGCUCCCUCGGCCUAUAAAGCGAGAUGAGCGCCGCAACCCCAGAGUCGUCUGUGACUGGACUUAACUGUCAGGGGUCCUUUACCUUUACCUAAGUGCAUUAUACAAAUGUGGCACUAGAUGGUGCUGAUGAGCUAAUGGCAAAUUCCAUAUAUAUUUUACAACUUUAUUUAAAAAAUGGUUUUCACAUCGUUUUUUGUAUCUGUGUUGAUUCAGCCAUAGUUACUUAUGUCUUAGACAUAAGGGAGGGCAAAUAUUAGGGCGGGCACCACUACUGAGAAGGCCCUCAGCUUACACAGCUGCUUUGAAAUGGGGGCAGCACAUUUCCAAAUAACUGCUGUUCCGACGGGCCCUUUGGGCAACUCUGGCACUAGGCCUUGAGGAGCUGCCGAAACGGAUCUUGGCAGCCGAGCAGGGUGAAUCGAAACCCUUCCUUCUUGUCUCCCCUUCCACAGCUUCAAAGUCUUCUGGACACCAAGUCGGUCUACAUCCUGGACUGCUGGUCUGACGUUUUCAUCUGGAUCGGCCGCAAGUCUCCUCGCCUGGUGCGCGCCGCUGCCCUCAAGUUGGGCCAGGAGCUCUGCAGCAUGUUGCAUCGCCCCAAACAUGCCAUGGUGACCCGCAACCUGGAGGGCACUGAGUGCCAGGUAGGUGGGUGGACGGGUAUUUAUUUACAGUGGAACCUCGGGUUGCGAACAUGAUCCGUGCGGGAGGCACGUUCGCAACCCGCAGCGCUGCGUCUGUGUACGCGUGUGACUCGACUCAGCGCUUCUGCACAUGCGCAAAGCGCAAUUGCUGAAACCCGGAAGUAGCCCCUUCCGGUACUUCUGGGUUUCGGUGUGUCCAUAACCUGAAAACGCGUAACCCGAGGCGUCUGUAACCUGAGGUACCAGUGUAUUCAUUUUUUAAAAACCCACAUUUUUUGUUGUUGUUUGGUCGUUUAGUCGUGUCCGACUCUUCGUGACCCCAUGGAUCAGAGCACACCAGGCACUCCUGUCUUCCACUGCCUCCCCCAGUUUGGUCAAACUCAUGCUGGUAGCUUCAAGAACACUAUCCAGCCAUCUCGUCCUCUGUCGUCCCCUUCUCCUUGUGCCCUCCAUCUUUCCCAGCACCAGGGUCUUUUCCAGGGAGUCUUCUCUUCUCAUGAGGUGGCCAAAGUCUUGGAGCCUCAGCUUCAGGAUCUGUCCUUCCAGUGACCACUCAGGGCUGAUUUCCUUCAGAAUGGAUCUGUUUGAUCUUCUUGCAGUCCAUGGGACUCUCAAGAGUCUCCUCCAGCACCAGAAUUCAAAAGCAUCAAUUCUUUGGUGAUGUCUGUCCUUUUUUGCCCCCCAGGUCUUCAAGUCCAAAUUCAAGAACUGGGAUGACGUGCUGAAGGUGGAUUACACCCGCAACGCAGAGUCGGUCAAGCAGGCAGACGGCCUUUCAGGAAAAGUGCAGAAAGACUCCGAGAAGAAGGACCAGAUGAAGGCUGACCUGACAGCCCUCUUCCUGCCGCGCCAGCCCCCCAUGCCACUAAGCGAGGUAGGUCUCGAACGGAGCAGGUGGCUGGGCCGAGAUUCUCCUCUGCAGAGUCACCUUGCGUGAAGCGGAGGCGGUCUAAAAUCUGCCCUACUGCUUCCUGCCCCAGUCGUCGUCCGACCCCAAACUCUUUGUAUUCAAACCAAGGAGAAAAUUCCUACGUGGAUUUCUGUAAUUUUAAGGCUCCGCCAGUGAGCCCCUAUACACCCCCUGAGGUCUGUAAAAUUCAAAGCGUUGGUGCAGACCUUAAAAGCCCUAAAAGGCCUCGGUCCUGUGUACCUGAAGGAGCAUCUCCAGCCCCAUCGUUCAGCCCGGUCUGUGGGUCUCAAAGCCUCCUUUUCCCCCAUUUUGGAGAGGGGAGGUUAUGGGUUUGUUUUGCUCUUGUUUUUAUUAGGAAUUUUGGGUUUUCAUCUUGUAUUUGUGAGAUUUAACGUCCGGCACACCUCCGCUGCAACUCAGUGCUUCUCCCGGCGUCUAACAGAGUAUAGCGAUCAGCGGAGUAGCCUGUGUUGAGGAAUCUCACCCAUGCAGAAAAACACCACGUACACAGCUUCUUUCUAAUCUAAGAAGCGUUUAUUUACAGCAGAGAAAUAUAUCAGCAGUCCGGGAGACUGCUUUCCCACAGUAUUUUUAUGCUGUGAACCACACUGAGAUCUUCAGAUGAAGGGGGGGUCUAUUAUUAUUAACCGUAUUUUUCGCUCCAUAAGACACAUCUGCCCAUAAGACAGUUUUUAAAAGAGGAAAACAGGGGGGAAAUAUUCUGAAUCAAAUGUUGUACUAAACUAUUUUAGUAGUAAACUACCUGUAUAACAGAGUGAGGGGGACAGGAGCUGUAUGUUUCUUUAGCGUACGCACUCAAGGAGCGAUGAGCGGGGAGGCAGCACACCCCCAGACGGACCCGACGCAGGAACCCCAGCAGCCUCCUCUCGUGUAAGCGGCUCCUUUCCCUCUUUGCUGCUUCAAAGUGAGUCACGGAGGAGGGAAGGAAGGGGAGCCAUAGAUCCUCAGCUCGUGAAUGCAGCGGGAUCCCGCCGCUGUCCAUAGGCAUUCACUCCAUAAGACGCACAGACACAUCCCCUUACUUUUUAGGAGGAAAUAAGUGCGUCUUAUGGAGCAAAAAAUACAGUAAGUGACACCUCCUCACUGCUACGUUCAGUCUUCCUCUUAGUUCUGCCGUCAGCCCCACUGCAACUUAACUCUUUCUUUCUUGGGGGGCAGGCGGAGCAGCUCAUGGAGGAAUGGAACGAAGACCUGGAUGGCAUGGAGGGCUUUGUCCUGGAAGGCAAGAAGUUCGCCCGCCUACCCGAGGAGGAAUUUGGGCAUUUCCACACCCAGGAUUGCUACGUCUUCCUGUGCCGGUAAGCAGGCCCUUGCUGUCGCUCACCCACCCACCUCCGCAGGCAUUGCCUCCCUCUUUAUUUCCCUUCUCUGUCCAGUCUGAUCCAAUGCAGAAUCAUGGAAUUUGUAGAGUUGGAAGGGUCCCCCCAAAGGUCAUCUAGUCCAACCCCGAACACUGCAGGAUUUGGACCAAAUGAGAGUGUUUCCGUUGAGUCUGGAAAACAAGCCUACGGAGCUGACUUAGACUGAACCAGGCCACGGGUCCGCCUGGGCCCUCCACACCUCUCAACCUGGCCCUCGAGGCUCUCCCCAAGCCACGCCCACUUGGCCACACCCCUUCUCGCUAGGCCACACCCCUCGCCGGUCCUGCUUGGCUCCACCUUUGAGGCCUGCAGUGCAGAUGGGGCUUGCGAUCCGCACUGAAGCUUCCUCGGGAGGAGGGAGCAAGCUGCCUCCCUCGCUGAGCGAUUCACUGUGCUUUGCGCCUUCAAAGGUACUGGGUCCCCGUGGAGAGCGAGGAGCAAGAGGAGGAGGAGAAGAAGAAGAAGAAGAAGAGACCCGAAGGGGCUGCCGAGGGAGAGGAGGAGGAAGAGGAGGAGGAGGAGGAAGAAGAAGAGGAGAAGCAGCCCGAGGAAGAUUUCCAGUGCGUUGUUUAUUUUUGGCAAGGCAGGGAGGCCUCCAACAUGGGCUGGCUCACAUUCACUUUCAGCCUCCAGAAGAAAUUUGAGAACCUUUUCCCUGGGAAGCUGGAGGUGAGCAAUUUCGGUUUUUUGUUUUUUUUUUAAAUGAUAUUUAUUGAAAAAAGGAUUUUUUACAAAAUUUUAUACAAAAGAAAAAAAUUAUAAUAAAAAAUAAUAAAACCAUCAUUCUCGAAUUCUCCACUUUCAAUACCUUCUUUCCUUGACCUCCUCCUCCUCCCUUUUCCUGUAUCCUAUUUUAUAAUAAUCACAGCAAAUCCUUUCCAUAAUUCAUAAUAUUCUGUCAUCACAUUGCCUUAAUCUAUUUUCAUCUUAUCUUAUAAAAACCUUAGAGUUUAAAACUUAAGUCUUAAUUUUUAUCAACUUCUCCUAAACCAUAGCAUUCUUGCCUAAUUCUUUUGACAUUUUUAUAAGAGCCAAAUAAUUUCAUUUCAGCAUUUUGCUAACAUUCAUCAAUUUUGUAAAACAGUCCUAAUGAUAAAAAAAAAAAAAGAAUCCAGUCUUCAUCCAACGUCCUUUUCUCCUGGUCCCGGGUUUGUCAGUCCUUUUUAUCCUAUUAAUCUAGCACAUUAACCUGGCAGUCUUAUGUCCGAGGCCCUUAAGCCACUUCCAUGUCCCUUCCAUAACUCUUCUUUAUAUUUCCCUUUUAUUCGUGGGAGCUCCAGCUUGGUAGUGUUUUUGACCUUUUUCAACAAAACAGUCCCUUUUCCAUAGUCCAAUCCAGGCUCAAUGUAAAAUUUACAAGCAUAUUCCAGAUUCCCUUCAAAGUUGGGAGCCCCCACAACUCCAGACAUCUGAGCAAUUUCGGUGGUACCUGAGGGUCGAUUUCAAAAAAAAUCCACUGGGAGAACGGUUAUGUCUCUGUGGAGACGGCAGUAUUGAGUCAGCGGCUCAUGUGCUUCUGGCUUACACUCAUUAUAAAGAAAUGUUAAAUUGAUUAUAAAACUAAUGAAAUGUAUAAACUUGAAAAGUAUAAAUAAAAGGGAGGUUACAUGGCCGGCUGGACCCCAGAACAAAGGCACUCUGCAAUGUGGUUAUUUGAGUCAACCACUUAAUAUAAGAGGAACCGUGGCCAUAGAUGGUAAUGUACUUUACCGUGUAUUAGAUGAGGGUUCUCCCCCCCCAAAAAAACAGAUCAUGUUAAAGGGGGAGGGAUAUACUCGUUCAGCGCAUAUUGUUGACAUGUGAUUUUCAGCCAACCCCCUUAAAAAAGCUCAACUCUGGGCAAUUUCCCCCCAUUUUCUUAAGUUUGAGUCCCCCAAAAUUGGGGGCGUCUUAUACAAGGGGGCGUCUUAUACACGGAAACGUACGGUAAUCCUCCUCUGCUCCUUCUUCCAUCGUUUCAGGUCGUGCGGAUGACGCAGCAGCAGGAAAACCCCAAGUUCCUCUCCCACUUCAAGCGGAAAUUCAUCAUCCACAAGGGCAAGAGGAAAGCGAGAGACGAUGGGCUUCAACCCAGCCUCUACCACAUCCGUACGAACGGCAGCGCCCUCUGCACCCGGUGAGCGGCUCUUGCCUUCAGAGUCUUCCUUUCUGAUUUUGUUUUCUUUAAUUUAUUCAUUUUUCUUUUUCAUUCAUUACAUAUAUCUCAAUUUCUUAACGUAUAUUAUAUAUUCCUCCCUCCCUCCUCUCCAGGGCUUCCCCCAACUUCCGCUUCUGGUUUGUUUCUCUUUUCACUCACCUUUGCUAUCUCCUAACAGAAAAAGUAGGGACGCGGGUGGCGCUGUGGGUUAAACAACAGAGCCUAGGACUUGCUGAUCGGAAGGUCGGCGGUUCAAAUCCCCGCGAUGGGGUGAGCUCCUGUUGCUCGGUCCCUGCUCCUGCCAACCUAGCAGUUCGAAAGCACGUCAAAGUGCAAGUAGAUAAAUAGGUACCGCUCCAGCGGGAAGGUAAACGGCGUUUCCGUGCACUGCUCUGGUUUGCCAGAAGCGGCUUAGUCAUGCUGGCCACAUGACCCAGAAGCUCCCUCGGCCAGUAAAGCGAGAUGAGCACCGCAACCCCAGAGUCAGCCACGACUGGACUUAACCGUCAGGGGUCCUUUACCUUUUAACAGAAAAAGUUAUUAAUAACAUAACAUCAAGCCUAAAAACCUGAAGUAAAUACACUAGAAUAUUUCACUAUACUAAUAAUGUGAAUGUUUAUUUAAAUCCUGCCAUCAAGUCUAUUGACUUUCUUUGUUUCUGCAAAUAUAAUAUAAAUGGUUCCCAUUCUUUUUCGAAAUCGCUAUCGUCUUUUUCUCUUAAUCUAUCUGUCAUUUUUCUUCCUUUCUGGACCCAGGGGCUUUGCCAGCUUUUAACGCCCGUUCUGGGAUACCAAGGCCCUCCCUUAGGAAUUGUGGGCCAUUUAGCUUUAUUUGGGUUGCUAUAAUUCAUUAGUCCUGUUGAAAUGAAUGGGCAUGACUGACCUGGCGCUUGUCAUUUCCAGUGCGUCUGCCCUGAGUAAAAAAUUAGUUGAUUAUAAUAAUAAUUGUGUGCCACCCUUCAUCCGAAGAUCUCAGGGCGCUUCUCCGGCAUAAAAAUACGAGAUGAAAAGUGCAAAAUGCAUAAUUUGAAACAAGAACAAACCAGUAACUCCCCCCAUAUACAGGUGUAACUCGAAAAAUUAGAAUAACAUGGAAAAGUUCAUUUAUUUCAGUAAUUCAACUUAAAAGGUGAAACUAAUAUAUGAGAUUAGUUUCAAGAUUCUAAUUUUCUGAGAUUGUUAAUUUGGGGUUUUCAUCAGCUGUACGCCAUAAUCAUCACAAUUAUAACAAAUAAAGGCUUGACAUAUCUCGCUUUGCGUGUCAUGAUUCUAUCUCAUAUAUUAGUUUCACCUUUUAAGUUGAAUUACUGAAAUAAACGAACUUUUCCACGAUAUUCUAAUUUUUCAAAUUUCACCUGUAUGUGUGGAGAGAGACAUAAACACCCACCCUGUAAAGAGAGUUUACACUCAUGACAAUCCAGUGGAAUCCCUGGGGUUUAGUCCCGUCUGAACAGAGCAUGUACAGCGGCUGACUCAAGGCACUCAGAGCAGUUUGCAAUGUGAAUCUUUAGAGAUUAUAUUACACCCAUGACCAAAUUAUAACGUAGAAUCGUCUAUAACUGAGUUGGUACCACGGGCAGCUCUCUCUGAGGGACGCUGUCAUUGCAAAGAACUACAUACGCAGCUGCUUUAUGCAGAGUCGGACCAUUCUAGUAUUGUCUCCUCCAAGCUAGUGUUGUCUACACUGGCUGGCAGCAGCUCUCCUGCGUAUCUCCCAGCCCUAACCCGGAGGUGCUGGGGAUUUGAACCCGGGACAUUUUGCAUGCAAGACAUAUGCUGUAGCCCACUGAACAGUGUGUCUUCCCACCAGGCUAAACAUACUCUGCAUCUUCACUUGUUCCUCAGAGGACGGUUUCCAGCAUUCUCACCAACCUCUUGGUUGUUCUUCUCAGAAAUGGACAUAGUCACAAUGACAGGUGUUAACUUUCACCUUUUCUGCGUUGGCGAUUGCGAUUGAUUACCUUUUUUCCUUCCCCUUUUCUUCCCAGAUGUAUCCAGAUCAACACAGACUCCAGCCUUCUCAACUCCGAGUUUUGUUUUAUCCUGAAGGUAACCUCUUUGUCAGGUUCUAAGUCUAAUACUUUAUAGUCUGGUUUUCAACUCUUGUUCACAUUUUAAAGUGGAAUUAAAUUCCUUAUAGGAUUUUAUACUGCUGCUUUCUCUAAUAUGGGAUAGCUUUAGCAUACUCAGAAAUCAAAAGUUUUGUGUCUCUCUUGUAGGAAAUGCAGUGCUUUUUUUCUAAAAAAAAUAUUUAGGGGUCCUCUCAUUUUCCUCUCAUAUUGAAAUACUGCCCCUCAAUGAGGCCAAACGACUCACAACAUGUUUAGGGGUAUGUGUUCCCGGGGGGGGGGGGGAGCACUGAGGAAAUGUAUAAACGUCCAGCAUUCAUAAGGGCUAGCAACUUGUUCUUUAAAAUGAAUUCAUGAAAACGAGGUGCCUGAAAAAAUUGAAUUGUUGUGACUUUUCUUGCAUUUGGCAAGUCACAGAACCUAUAUUGUGCAACAUACUCACUAAUCAUCUUUUAAAAGGUGCAAUGGAAAUUUUGGGGGCCUCUUUUCCUUGCUUCUUGUGAAUGGUGAUUCACACACUUGCACACACUCCUGGAUUAAGGAAUAUGUCAUUCAGAAGUCUACAACCUGGAUUUAAGAAAUCAUUUUGGAUAGUAUUUAACAGUUCUUCUUUAGAGAGCAUUCUGUUCAAGAGCACCCUUUUCAGAACAGGAAAAACUAAUACUGAUCUGUCACUGGCCACAACCGUAGUUCCAGGUCAACCUUCCGACAGCUGUGGUAUUUUGUUUUUCUAUUAACAUUCUUGUUAACAGCAAUAAUGAUAAUAAAAUUGCUUGGUCGCUUUUCCCACAAAACUGACUCAAGGCAACUUACAGAAACAAACACUUGAAAACAAGAGUAAAAACAACCUGAAAUGCUCAACUGCAAUAUGUAUAAAUGAGUAGAUCCAAUUCAACCCUCAAAAAAUGAACAGGAAAUUAAGGUCCCUGCCAUGACAUCCUUCUAUACUUUUGUCCCCCAACGCUGAUGGUGGGUGGGUUGUGUUGGAAGUUUGGGGGCAGCUUAUUGUGAAUGGUUAAAACGGAGUCAGAGAUCUCUAAAUUCCCUGUAUUUUGACCUCUUUGCUGACCUCCAUAUCUCAAAUGGUGUGGCAGGAAGAUUCAAGGACAAUCCAACAUUUCAAUAUUUCAGUGUAGUAUGGUAUCAAAAUAUGUUUUUUAUUUGCAGAAUAUGGAUAGAUAUAUUUUCAAAAUGAGAGCAAGAGCAUCAAGUGAUACUUAGGACAGUCCUAGUUGUUUUCCAGUGUAUUUCUUAUUAAUUAAAAAUUCCACGUGGUGCAAGCAAAGUGUUGUUCUGAAAGUGUGGCCCGGAGAAAAAAGUUUAAGAACCACUGGUUUAGGCCGAUACAUCUUACAGGUAUUUAGACCCAUACCUGUAUCCUCUUUUACCACUUCCUGACACUUCGGACCUCAAGACGAGAGGUCACCUUUAAUGAUCCCCCAAGAGAACAGAGGAACUAACCUGUCUGCCUUUGUUUUCUCCAGAUAAGUUAGUUUGGUUGGAACUAGACACCUUUUCCCAUCCUAGUUUUGUGCUUCCAAUAAUAAACUAUCGUCUUCUUGCUCUGCAAGCAUCUCUUUGUGUGCGAUGGCAGCAGCCAAAGUCCACUCUUUGGCCGGACACACUAAACUCGCUAUGCACGGAAACUCUCCAGGAGGUUAUAGGGUUCCCUUUGAACAUUUCACCCCUUUUUCUCCAGGUUCCCUUUGAAAGCACAGACAACCAAGGCAUUGUGUACACCUGGGUGGGCCGGGCUGCCGACCCCGACGAAGCCAAGCUGGCUGAGGACAUGAUGAACUGCAUGUUUGAUGACUCCUACAGCAAGCAGGUGAGUCAGAGCAGGAAAACCAUGGCCGUGUGGGGGGGGGGGGACUGCGCGUGAGAUGGUGAAGCGGACUGUUUCCCACCCUCUUUCCUCGCAGCCAGGGCCAGAUUUAGGUUUGAUGAGGCCCUAAGCUACUGAAGGUAAUGGGGCCCUUUAUAUGUCCAGCUGACCUUUGUCAACAACAAAUGGUCGCUGUUUUUUGUGUUGAAUAUGUGCUAUAUAGUAAUUUAUGAGUUUGACCAAACUGCGGGAGACAGGACUGCCUGGCGUGCUCUCGUCCAUGGGGUCACACAAAGAGUCGGACACGACUGAACAACAAAAACAAAAUUUAUGGACCUAAUAGGUAUCUAAAGCCAUUUGCACAUAACAAAACAUGUAUUUUAUCAAAUUAAUUGUUGAACUGAAAUACGGUUAAGAAGUAGUACCGUAUUUUUCGCUCCAGAGGAUGCACCUGACCAUAAGACUCACCUAGUUUUUAGAGGGGGAAAGCAAGAAAAAAAAUAUUCUGCGCAGAGCAUGUAAGCAGCUCUCACUUUUCUUGCUUUAAACCCUGCGCAGCGCCUCUUGUUCUGCUGGCUUCCCAGCAAAGCGGGAUGAGGGACAAAAGGGAGCCCUUACAAGGGAGCGCAGAGCAGAGCCUGGCAGCGGCUCUUGCUGGCUUUUCCGGGAGGUGGGGGAAGGGACAGAGGGCAGCCUGUCAGUCCCUUCUCCCACCUCGCGGAAAAGCCCCCAAGAGCCGCACACACGCUAGGCGUGGCUCUUUAAAGGGAGCUCUGAGCAGAGCCUCCCACCUACAUUCGCUCCAUAAGACGCGCACACAUUCCCCCUUACUUUUUAGGAGGAAAAAAGUGCAUCUUAUGGAGCAAAAAAUACAGUAUAUUAAUAGUGAAAUGCAAUUAAGAAGUAUAUUAAUAGUGAAAUAACUACUAAGCUCUAACUUAAAACGAUUUUUUAAUUCAUAACAAACUUAAUAAUGCAAACACAUUGGCAUUUGGCAAUAACAAAAGUUCCUUUAAAAACAAUUUACACAGACUUGUAAUUUGGGGGGGGGGGGCAAGAGUGUGGCUUGUUUAGCUUAUACCUAAAUCUGGCACUGCUGGCAGCCUGCCCUGGUUACAAAGAUAUCGCUGGCAUCAGGCAGAUUGGGGAAGGUACAUUGGGGGGUUGGGCUGGAUGACCUCUGGGGAACUUAUGGUUUGCUCUGGGUGUUCACGCAGCCUGCAGGGGUUUCUGCUGGCGUGAGCCUGAACUGAAUCCCAUCUGAAGGAGAGAACCAUCGAAGGCCGCUAGCCGGGACAUCUCUGCUCUGCCUCCACAGUUGGAGGCAAAAAUGGAAGGGAGAAAAAGGGCUCUUUCACUCCAGUCCUGCUUUUGGUGGUUUCCCAGGGGCAUCUGGGUUGGCCUCUGUGAGAACAGGAUGCCGGACUAGGUGGGCUACUGGCUUGAGCCAGAAGCCUUGUCUUACCUGCCUCACAAUGGCCACUCCACCUUUUGUUCCAGGUGAUAAAUGAGGGAGAGGAGCCUGAGAACUUCUUCUGGGUUGGAAUUGGUGCACGGAAGCCUUAUGACGGAGAUGCAGACUACAUGAAGUAUUCUCGCCUGUUCAGGUGGGCGCUGUUCCUCUUGGUCCUCCCCUCGCUCUCUUCCUUCUCAUUAAAAAAUAUUUUACCUCCUUCAGGUGCAUUAGCGUAAGCUUUGAAAACCAUGGAGGGGGGGCAUCGUAGAACGGGAUGGUGGACCUGUGGCUCUUGUUUAAUGGACUCCAAUGCCCAUCAGUCCCAUCUUACACAGUCACCGUGGGGGGGACGGGGGGGGGUGGAGACAAGGGCACCUGCCCUGCUGCCGGUUUCCCAACCCCUUGGCACUGAAGCCCCACUCAAAUGACUGCUGGUAAUGUUAUUGUGCCCUUUCUUCAGCUUCUAAAAUCUCACGCCCCUCCGACAUGCAAUUUCACACAAUUCCAUGAAGUCACAAAGUCCAGCAACUUGCAUUAUAAACCUGAUAUAUUUUUUUUUAUUAAAAAAAAAAACCUCAAGCCAUUCAUAAGAAGCGUAAUAGCUAGUCCUGUUUCCAGAGAGGUCACUCAGUUCCAUCAAAGGCCACGGUCAUACCAAACAUUUAAAGCACUAGCAGCCAUGGCUUCCCCCAGAAAAUUCUGGGAGGUGUAGUUUGCUAUGCCCUAUCCCAUGGGUAGGCAAACCAAGGCCCGGGGGCCGGAUCCGGCCCAAUCAGCUUCUCAAUCCGGCCUGUGGACGGUCCGGGAAUCAGCGUGAUUUUACAUGAGUAGAAUGUGUCCUUUUAUUUUAAAUGCAUCUCUGGGUUAUUUGUGGGGCAUAGGAAUUCGUUCAUUAUUUUUUUCAAAAUAUAGUCUGGCCCCCCACAAGGUCUGAGGGACAGCGGACCGGCCCCUUGCUGAAAAAGUUUGCCGACUCCUGCCCUAUCCUGUUCACAGGGCUACAAAUCCCAGAGAGGGGUUGAACAAUCCCUCUCUCUUCCCAAAGAACUGUGGGACUCAGAGCUAUUUGAGGGGGAACAGGGGUUUUCUAACAACUCUCAGCACCCGUGAAAAAACUGCAGCUCCCAGAAUUCUUUGGGGGCUCCCAGAAUUCCGUGACCGCACAAUGAUACCACUUUAACUAUUGCGGCUUCCACCGAAGAACUCUGGGAACUGUAGUAUAAGGGUGCUGAUAGUUUGGAGAUUCCUUUUUGCCAGGGAUUGAACCCAAGACCGUCUGCAUGAAAGCAGGUGCUUUGCCACUGAGCCCACAUUUUACUGAAAUUCACUUCUGGCCUUGUCUCUCAGGUGCUCCAAUGAAAAAGGCUAUUUUGCCGUGUCUGAAAAAUGCUCAGAUUUCUGCCAAGACGAUUUGGCGGACGACGACAUCAUGCUCCUAGACAAUGGGCGUGAGGUAAAGUUUUCGGCAUGGGGGGUUUAUUUAGUGAGGGGUCUUAAAAAUAUGUUUUUGGGUGUGAGGAAUUCAAAUCUGCUAUUUUUGCAAUUGGACAACAAUUAGCUUGGUUAAGUCUAUGUUUGAUGAACUAGCACAUAAACAGCUUUCAGGAAACCAAAUAAUUUUAAUUUUUGCCUUCUGAAAACAUCACGUAAUUAAUAAUAAUAUAUAACUGUAAUUACUUGGCAGUCAUUUUUCAUGAUAUCUGUGCAUACCUUUUACUUACCAAGCAAAACUAAAUUUUGUUAAUUUAACCAAGAUUAUCUCUUGAUUUCCCGAGUUGUAUUGUAACUUUUUAGCACCCCUCAUUUUGGGAGAUUUGAAAGUUGAAAAAUUCAGUACACCCUUAAUGAUGGGGAGUUUGGGGGCUCCCAGCCUCUCAGAAAGAGGGAGGGGGGAGGCAGAUAGAAAAUGGGAGCAAAAUCUGUGAAUCGGGACAUGAGAGGAGACUCUUUCCCCUGCCAAGUGAUUAUUUUGGGAUACGUGCUUUAAUUUUAAUUUCUAUUAAACUUGUGUUUUCAACCUAUUCCGACUUUUUUCUCUUCUCCCCUCACCCCGGCAGGUAUACAUGUGGGUAGGAACACAGACCAGCCAGGUGGAGAUAAAGUUGAGUCUCAAAGCCUGCCAGGUAAGGAAGACACCUCUGGAUAUCACAAUUGCCCAACAAUCCUAGGGACCCCACCACCCAAAAAAACUUGAUUCAGAGCAAAUUGUGUUUCAUUCAUAGCACUGUAUAGUUGGCAGGGGUCUCCUGCAAUGCAGGGAUAGGCAGCCGCCCCACACGGGGAUCGAACCUGCAACCUUUUAUAAGCACCGGGCUCUAACCGACGGAGCUAUCCAGGCAGGGAUAAUUGCUGUUUCCCACGAAUCCUGAAACUGGCUCAUCGUUGAGAUCGCUCUGUUUGUGGAGUGUGGUCCAAUGACUCAUGGGGUUUGUGUCGUGGUUUGGGGCAGGGACCGCAGCAUCCUCCCUUUUUUGGCUAUUUGCAGGGGACCGUUUUUCAGUCGAGGGCCGCAUUUCUGUUUGGAAUCGGCCAGCAGGGGCCACAUGCUGGCAGUGGGUUGGUGCCAGAGUUAGAAGAGAGCAGGGCAGCCCCUUUCAUUCUGUCCCUUCCUCCUUUUUCAACCACCCAAUCCCCUUUCUCUCUCCUUGCCCAACCUCUUCCCCAUCCCACGAAACCAGGGUGUGGCCUGUGCCUCGCCUGUACCCGGCCGAUAGGAAAAUGCCAAACCUAAGAGACAGGCAAGAGCGGUCUAAGAGCUGGAUCAGGCCAAUGGCAAAGCAGGGCCUGAUCACGACAGCAUUUACCCUAUAUCACAAGUGUUUUUAGGUCAUUAACGUGUUUUAAUUUACUUUCGAUUUGUAUUAUUUUCGGACUCCCUUAGGGAAGAAGGUUGAAGUGGAAAUGCAACCAUUUUUUCCUCUUCCCUCCCUUGCCCUUGUCCUUGCAUGAUGUGUUUUUAAUGUUUUGUUUUUAAUAAAAAUAUUGGCUUUUAGGAACGGUCUUGUUUAGACUCUACAUUAAGCUGCUCCUGGGAGCCUUUUUGGCCAAGCGGCAAUGCUUAAAAUAAAAAGAAAUGAAAGUAAAUUUAAAUUUUAAACUUGAAGAUAGCUGGACAGGCCCAGUAUUGGGGCUGGCAAGCCCUUGGGAGCCUAAUCCAACCCUUUUAUAUGUGUGGUGUAGGGAACCAGCAUUUUGUUGUCUCCUGCCUCUGAACUUUCCCCCGUUUUCUCCGCAGGUAUACAUCCAGCACAUGCGCUCGAAGGACACAGCUCACCCGCGGAAACUGCGCCUGGUUCGGAAAGGCAACGAACCGCCUGCCUUCACCCGCUGCUUCCAUGCCUGGAGCGUUUUCCGGAAGCCUCCGGCCUAAGCCGCUCGCUGAUGGCGGUGGCCUCUCCAUAGGACUCUAUGGCACCUGCUGGACCUCAGUGCUCAAGUAGGGGUGGUACAGCUGUAUCCUGGUUUUUUUUUAAGACCACCUGAUUGGACAAAAUGUUACUAGAGGAGGAGCUAGAAUUUGCCCCUCCCCUUUUAAAGAAACAGCACCAGCCUAUUAAGCUCCCCACCCCCCUUUUACAAACCACUUUUCACCUAAAUUUUUCUCCCUCCUCACCACCUUGGGGCAGUGAAAUAGAUGCUGCCUGGACCCACUCUUGCGAAAACAUUGCCGCUGGGACUCUUCCCACAUCUACAGCAUCACUAUGUUGUUUUUCCCACUUGCACAGAGAUCUUUUUUAUAUAGUAUAUUUAACAGAACGCACGUGAGCUGUGACUUCUUAUUCUGCUCUUUGAGAGCACUGCAGCCUGGACCCAGUUUGAAGUCUGUAACAGCAACCUCUCUCCUGCAAAUGGAUGGCAUGUCUCUUUUUGAAGCAAGUUGUGCGAGGCAGGGCAGAGGAGCGAGACGACUUGGGCAAAAGAGUUCGCAGUGCACUUAAAAGACUUCAGGAAAAAACGUGACGGAGAAGUCCAUUUUAAAAAACAGAUAAAAUAAAAUCAAGUUUAUUGCUUUUAAAAGUUGUUAUCUGCUGCUAGCCCUCAUGGAUGCAAAAAAUGUCUCCUUUGAAAUGUAUGGUGACUUGUGCAUUUUGAGGAAAAGGCAGGCAUACCUUUUAUCUAUAAAAACCUACCAUGCAAU